AUUCAAAACCUGCAGCAAAUCCCACAAACUUUAUGUCUUUCAUUCAACGAGCAAAAGCGGAAGCUGGUAUGUUGGGGGAAAAAGCAGGCUGAAAACGCAGCGAGCAGCCCCGGAGUGAUAGAAAGCAGCAGCGGCAGCAGCAGAGGAGCCCGGGCUGCUCUCUCCUUUUCCCUGGCCUCUGUUCCUUUAAUAAACUCAUGCUUAUCUAGUGUAACAAAUGUCUCGCUGCCAUCAUCAAGUCCAGGCGAGGAGGGAGGAGUUUUUAAUGUUCAGUUUGUUCUAUGGAUCGAUGUCUGCUGGCAUCGCCUCUCCCCCUCGCCUGCACCGUGCGUAAUAUACUGUAACCAUUACACCAAAACGCUUUUUACGCGCUUCGCCUGCACAUAUUGUCUGGUGAAAAACUGCCCGCAGGACUGACUGACACACGUCGAUCAACAUAUGAAGGCGCUGAUGGACAAAAACGGAUGGUGAAAGGAGACGAUUCGCCCCCCGUAGGAGGAGGAAGAAGCAGAAGAAGAGGAAGAAGAAGGAGAAGGUGAAAGAGCCGAUUUCACAUCUGUUUCCUUCCUGCUGAAAACGAUUCCUAACUGGAUUUUUCUGAACAGGGAGAGAGCCCGAAGUACUCCGAGAGCCAGAAUAAAGCCUCACACACUCUCUCUCUCUCUAUGCAUGGACUAUCGUAGCCCGCAUUCAGAUUUCACCUGGGCACUGUAGUGAACUGCGACUCCAAAAAUGCCACGGAGGAAACAGCAGGCGCCCAAACGGGCUGCGGGUAAGCGAUUUUUCCUCUCUUUUCUGCUCUGAAUGAGUGUGAUAUGCGUGUGUUCGCUUUGUUAUGCUCCUUGCUUUUGACACAGGGUUUCCCCCCUCUCAAACUUUUAUCAUGUGGGACCCCCGUUUAGACCCCUGGAUGUGGAGAGAUGUCCCGUGUGAGCAGGUUUUUGUCGGUUUGGUUUGGUUAUAUAACUGUAGAAGUGCUUUAGUGAACAUUCUGGACGCAUUAUUGUAUUUUAAUAUAUUAUCCUUUCAAUGGAGGGGGUCUUCUAAUGGGGCCUGGGACCCCCAGAGAAAGUCAAAUAGGAGGUAGAAGUUGCAGCAUCCACAUCUACUCAGAGGUACAUUACAAAAACACUGAGGUAAACAGUUUAUCAGGGUUUUAGAAGAACAACAAACAGCCGCGUAGUUUCCCUCAGAUAAUCCACUAUCAUGUCAGGAAGCGUUUAGUCACUCAUUGAUCACAAAGUCCAAGUUUUUUAAAAAACGCUCAGAGUUGAAAAGGAGAAAAAAAAAAACCUCCCUGGUCGUGUUUGAUUUGACCCGCAUGAAGUGUAGAGAGAGGGGCUGAAAGAUGUGGAGCUGCUGUAUCCGUAGCAGAUGAACUCUGUAUGAACUCCUCAUAAUCUUAUGGACAAAUGGAGAAUGGGUUACACUCACUCACUCACUCACACACAUUAACACACACACACACACACACACACACACACACACAGAUGCAGCGAGUGUAUGCUGAGAAGACAGGAAGACACACACACACCUUAAGAUUAAUUCAGAAAAACACAGCGUAUAUUUAUGAGACUGUUUUGUCGCAUGAGUGAAUUAAUAAUCUGAUUUUUAAGGAGUGUGUUUUCGUGGCGCAUCUUUUCCCGAAAACGCCUGUCUCACCUUUGACCUUUCCUCUUUUGCGACUUCCCCACUUCGACGUGAGUCACAGCCUUCCCAAAAAGCUGCCCUCCGUCAUGACGGCGACUGUGGCCUGAACCAGAUUGAUCAAUCAUAUUUCAUUGUACGGAGGAUGCAAUUACUCGCUUGUGGUGUGUUGAGAAGUUAUCAGUCUUUAUUAUGGUUGCGGAUGUAGCAACCAGAUGGCGAUUGUUCUCUGCCAAUAAUAGCGUCUCUUUAUACCCGCUUAAGAUACUGAGACCCUUAUCUGCUCGGCACACUCUCAGUUUACACAUACACAUGUACACACAGAGACGCGCUCGUUGGCAUACAGUCCCGCACUAAAUAUUUUUCCCACAUUUCAGGCUCCAAACAGCCCUCUUUUCCUCAAAACAAAGCCCCCCUGCUUUCUUAUUCAGUGAACUUUUUUGAGGAGAUGCCUAAGUGAUCCCUUUACACGCUCUCAGCUGCCUCGCCUGUACUCUGGUAAAUGUGUCAGCCCUAUAGAGAAAUAAGCCUUCCAGAAGAGUUUCUUCAUUGUUGAGGUAAUUGUCUCCUCUUUGACAGGCACAUUCAUCAGUGGCUUAAUGGUCAAUCAAAAGUUGGCAGGCAGAGUGUUUUCAUUCUUUCCUAUCCACUACAUUAGGAAUACUUAAUCAAAAUGUCUCCCGGUAAUGGCUGUGAAGAGUUCAUGACUGACUGAUCCGUUGUCUGUGCCGAUAGAAAAUUAACAGCUCGGCACCGGAGAGAUGUGGGCCUGCAGAUAAACAAAUUGUGCAUUAAUAUUUCAUCUUCAAGACCUGGGAUGUGCUAUCAAGCGGUGGAAUAUUCCUGGGCUGUGUUGUCAUUUUUCUCGCGUUUUCUUUUUUUUCUCUUCCUCCCCUCCUCCUGUAUUCUUGAAGGCUCUUUGCAGCUGUAACUCAUUUCACUUGAUGACUUUACUGGGGUUACAGAGAGUGACGACAAAUUGAUUACCUGGCAGAGCAAGAAUGGAGCGAAGAGAGACGCGGGCUGACAGUCAUGUUAUAAUAAUAUGUUUAAUGAUGUGUGGAGGGGGAACAAGGAGAGAGGAGUAUUGAAAUAAGAGCAUGGAAGAUGCUAAGGAAUAGGUUUCAUUUUUUUUGUUGGCUCUUAAAGAUGCAGCCUCCUCUCUUGGUGGUAUUUGAAAAGCAAAAGCAAAAAAAAAAAAAAACAUCAAUUCUGGGGACAUUUUGCAUCCGGGGUGCUUGUAAUCUCCUCUGGGACCUGUAUUAUUAAUAGGCGUAUUUGUAAAACGUGGGACCACAGACGCACCAGUAAAGGCCAGUUGUAUCUGAUUUACUCCCUUUGCAUGCAUACAUGGUUUGUGUGGUAAUUUAAAAAUGCCAAUUACUCACCGGUGCAGGAGAGAGGAUGCACUAAACCUUUGCUUUAUCACUGGGAAAGCUGCUCUAAGACAGAGAGCUAUCAGGCUGCAGAUUCCUGGAUGAAAUUUGUGCAUCAGGUUUAUAUACGGUGUAAACCUAAAGCCCUAUAAGUGCAGGGGAUGCAUUUUUGAGUGAAGGGAGCCAUAUGUUAUUUUAGCGGCCGUGGGAGUAUUCCUCUUACUGUUUCUCUCUCUUUCUCUUUUCUUUUCUUUUUUUUUUUUUACAAUAGCUCCAUGCCUCAAACCGUUAGCCCAAUUUGCUGUUAACAAGAUAAAUUGGAGAACAGACAAAGGCAUUAAGUGUUGCAGUGCCAGCCAGUGACUGACAGCAGCUUGUGGGAAUUGGCUAGCAGGAAUUCCUCCUAAGUGGUUUGUUCAGAAAACAUCCUACGAUCAAGGCAGAUGUUGUUUAUCCAGUUUAGGUAGAAAGAGGAAGUCCAUUUUGAGUGACAAAAGCAGGGAAGGAAAAGACAAGGGGUCUAAUUUUAUUUUAUUUUUUAAUACCAGAUUACCACCUCCUUUUUUCCCCCCUACUGCAUUAGCACACUGUUCUUUUGUCUGCAGCCAUUAACACAACAUGUCUUCUUUUUUUUAAUCCAUCAUUUGCUUUGCCAUUGUUUUGAAUUCACCACGAGAAGAGGGUGAUACUCUUUCACUGGACCUUCAUUCACAGGAUUUGAAGGGCCUGCUUGUCUUCAGAGGCUGGAAUCAAAACUUUGCAUCAUUUUGCGAGUUUAAGUUUCUUCUUCUACUUAGAAAAAUCAAUGAACAUGUAAAAGAAGAGUGUGCAGGGUUACAGGUGAAGUAGCCAAGUAGAGGCAUUUAUAGCUGAACUAUACUGGAGACUAGAUUAUUGAACGUGCAGCUGAGAGUUAGGUUAUAAACCAAAAAUUAAGUCAACUUUAUCGUCUAUUUUCUGCAAGCAAAUGGCUGAAUUUGUCUUUGAUUUACAGGUGCAGGAAAAAAAACAAAUCACAAAAAGAGGGACGUUUUAAACAAACAAAAAAAAGACGGUAUAUUCCUUUAAAAGCAGACACACUUAGCAGACAUUGUUAUUGUAGUUGUAGUAGAAAGUACACGCUGCAGUAUGAGCUAGAAGCCUGAAUUGAUAGAGAGUGCAUCACUGAUGGAGAUAUUUAACAGCUGGGAUAAACGACUGAAACCCUUUUGAUUGUUUCAGUUUGUAAAAUAUUGCAAAAUUAUGGGAAAAAAGCGACUUAAAAGCUCUUCUUCUUCUUUGUGGCUGAAAUGAGAAAUGCAAAAUGACACUCAAAACAGUCAGUGGAUUUGUGUAGCAGUGUAAGGUUGCUUUGUCAGCUCUUCCUGCAUAUCUUAAGUGUGAGUUUGUGAUUUUAAACGAGUCCACAUGUGAAGAUGAUCAUGAUCGGAAAUAAAAUCUGCAGUUUUCUCUGGUUUGCAUCUCGUCAACGAGGCUGUUUUAAAAAUUUGAUCGAAUCCAGCUUUUAAGUAUUUUUGUAAAAAAGACAACCAAACAGACAUUUUUUGGAGGUUUAAAUAUCACAAGAUGAUUAAAAAAAGUCUAGUUUUGAUCAUGUCUGAUGUCCACUUAAAACUGUUUUAAAAUAGAAACUGGUGCAUGUGUAAAAUCGUGACACAUACACUAAAAUGUAAAACACCUCCAUGAAUACAGUGUUGUGAGUUGUAGUAGUGCAUGGUUGCUAAGUCAGCUCUUGUGCAUAUCCAAAAUAUAUAUUUUUACCACUUAUGAAUCCAUAAAUAAAAACACACCAUUAUUAGGGAUUUAUUUUUGCAUAUUUUUUUUGUUUGUUUUUAUUGGAGUGAGCCUAAAAAAUGUCAUUGACUUAAACAGAAUAAUUGAAGCAAAUUUUCAAAAGAGUGAAUGAAAAAAAAAAUCUAAGUCUGAGAUUUAGGGCAAGUUUACUUUGCAGAACUCUUUAAAAAUAAAAACUGGUGCAUGUGUAAAACUGUGACACAUGCAUUUCAAUGUAAAACACAGCCUUGAAUACAGUGUGGUGAUUCAUAGCAGUGCAUGGUUGCUUCGUCAGCUCUUAAGUGCCAAUUUCCUCCUCAAAUAAAUAAAAAUCAUGAUCGAGUGUUUAUCUUUGCAUCGACGCCAACAGGCCGUUUUUUUCCUGUUUUGAUCACAUCCAGCCUUAAAAUUUUCACUGGCUUAUGAGCCAACUUGUGCAUAUUUUUAUCACUAAUGAAUCCAAUCAUUUUUAGGGAUCGAUUUUUACAUUUUUUGUUUGUUUUUAUCGGGGCUAGCCUAAAAAUUGUCAUUGACAUAAACAGAAAAGAGUGCUGCACAUGAUCAGCGGAUAAUAAUAAAAAAAGUGAGUCUAAGAUUUAGGGUGAGUUUACUUCUGGAGGACUCUUUAUGCCACUAGAAUCACGCUGUUGUAGUUUGUAGUUGUGUCAGUUUGCUUCGUCAGCUCUCAAGUGCGAAUUUCCUCCUCAAAUAAAUAAAAAUCAUUAUCGGGUGUUUAUCUUCGCACUUUCCUCUCUUUGCAUCGGCGUCAACAGGCCCUUCUUCCUGUUUUGAUCACAUCCAGCCCUAAAAUUUUCACUGGCUUAUGAGCCAACCAAACGGUAGACUUACACUUUGUUGCAAUGCUUGCAGUUUUUUUCCUCUUUUUUUCAAACUUGCAGGCGCUCCCCGUAGAGAUCCCCUUUAAUAACUUUCUGCUCAUCAGCUACUUUUCAUGCAGCAUAUUCUUACUACAGAGGGGGGAAAAAACCGAGGAGAGAGUAAUAUGAAGUCAGGUGGUUUUCUCGGUGUUAUCUCAGUGCAUUUUCUCCUGCAUGCCAGUAAGGUGACAGGUGUAGAUAGCUAAUAGUUUACGAAGGCUUUUGUUUGCGUGAGAGGCAGACAGGGUGGUGCACUGUCUAGGUGAUAAGAACCAAGACUCCUGUGCCCUCCAGCACAGUGAUCUCUCUCCUCCGCGGUGGAAAAAACAGCCUGUUAUGAUUGGUCUCAAAGCAAGUGCCUGUGCAGUGUUGCACCUCUCUACAGCAACUGCUCAUUCACCUUGCCUUCCCUCUGAGACCUGCACUAGUUUCCAGGCAAAUGACACAAUUUGAUAUGCCGUUGGGGUGAUUCAUGUGGAUAAUGUUUCCAUGUGAUCAUCACUGCAGAAAAAGAGACUAUUUCUUGUUAUGUUUUUUUUUUUUUUUUCACUCAUUAAGUCUGACAAUAACCGGAAUAUUGGGAGAGUUUAUUGCGAGCGGGCUAAAACUCAUUAUUUCUGCUAGACGUCCCAAGUACAAAAGAAAUUAUGUUAUGGUAUUUUGUCCAGGUCCCAACAGAUAUAAUGAUUUACAGAGGAGAAAUGGGGAGGAGAGUUUAUAGCUGGGGUUGUUCAUUUAUGUGGAUUUAGAGGAUAAGAAUGCAAGGCAAGCUCCCGGUUAAUACAGUAGCACCGUGGGUCUGCUAUUGAUUACACAGAGGAGGUAUGGUAACGUUUCCUCUGCUUUAUGAUAAAAAACGCCCCGCGCCUCAUGUGCUUUGUGUUACCCUAAUGAUAGACAAUCCCUCCGCCGUUUAUGUCUUUGUAAUUUAUAUCAUCUGCAGUUUCGUCAGGAGCACGUCAUCCCCCUUUUGUUCGGAGUUUGAAGUGAGGACAUCCAUCUUGUAGUUGUUGACCUACAUGAAUAGUCUGAGGGCAAACAUGUUGGCCAUAUGGUUAAGAAACAAUCACAGCCGGAUCAGGUUAACCUAACCUGAGAGGCUUUUCGAAUAAGGUUGCCAUGUCGUAUUAAAAAGAAAAAAUGAAUCCCUGUGUUCAGACGUGUCGGUUCAUUUGCUGCUUUUAUUCAGGAGCGCGUUGGAUGUUAAUACAAAGCAUAACUAUAAAGAGAUUCACUCUUUUCCCUCGUCUUUACAUGCUAAAUAAAAGUCAUAUAGCAUACUUCACAAUUAUGCAAAACGCCCAGAAUGAAUGUGACAUUUCCACCCGAUACGCCGGCGCCAAAAAACAGCGAAAACAUUAAUCUUAAGUUAUCCGCGGUGUACCUGAUUUGCUUCUUAUCAAAUCCUUAAUGAGCUUCAAUUAAGAUUUAUUAUGCAAAUUAACCCUCAGCUGCUACCGACUGCAGGAGCAGGAGCUAUGACAAUAUUGUGCUAAUGGUGUGAUCUGUAACAAUUACAAAGGUAAACUGCCUUCACACUGCACGCUCCGAGAGGUCAGCGCGUUAAAUAUGCGCUCAGGUGUUCUUCAGGUUCGGAAACGUGUUUGUUUAGUCUCAAACGCGAGCGUGAUAGCGACGCUUUGAGCAGUCUUUAUACACUUAUGUUAAAUAAUCUCCGCCAUGUCGGUUUGUGCGUUUCCCCCCUCCUCUAAAGCUGAUGAGUCAAAUCAGGAUGAAAAGGAUUAUUGGUGUAAGAACCUCAUUUCCUGGCAAAAUGAGGAAACAGGUUUUAAUUUAAUAUGAGCGACACAUAUUACUACAAAAACAGGAAGAUAACCAGAGCUAAUGUAAGCUAAUGCAACUCAUCUUUUAAGAGGAUUCGAUUAAAAAAAACGCCCUGGAGAUGCGUCUCAGCGAGGUGACGAGUAGAAGAAGAAGAAGAAGAGCUCCUGGACACUCCACUCCGGCACUGUAUGAAGUUGUGAACCUUGCACCUUUUGUAACUUCAUUUAGCACCCCGGCUGAUGGCUCCCUGGCAGCUUUAUAGCCGACAUGGUUUAUGAGUCGUCAUGCGGCGCAAUUACAUAGGACCUAAUUUGAUGAAUCAAGUCAAUGUUUCACCGGCUCUGUUGACCUCGCUGGCCUGCGAUCUCCUUCCUCUGUACGAGGGUCAAACCGAGGCUUUCACACUCUGUACCGCUCACUCACACUCCGAGAGAGGAAAAAAAAAAAACACUCUCCAACAUUCACUCGUUAUUACAGCCAAUCAAGAACGUAGUGAUUCGUAAUGAGCUAUUGUGGGUUUGUUUUAAAUGGCUUUGGCACAUCAUCAGUCCGAAUGAAUCAGUUUAAUCAGCCAGCCAAAGAAAAAUGAAGCAUUAUUUAAAAAUUCCAGCAUAUUGGAGCUCGGAGUGAGUCUCGUGUUUCUGAUCUUUGUUUAUAUUUAUUAUCCAUGUUAUGUGGUCUAAGUGUUUGAAAAUAAACAAGCAGAAAUAAUCGCAGUUGACGGUAUUUUGCGCUUGACAACCUUUAAUUAUCUCAAUCUAAACACCUUUAAUUCACUGAUUUUAGACUGAGGGCGCUUAGAAUUAAACAAUAGACCGCAUUUAACACUACAGAAAAUACAAACUUCACUAAACCCUCACUGUAGGCAGGGCAUGGAUGUUAGAAAUAACAAUGUGGAGUUUGAUUUUCAUGAACCAAGUAGAGUUGCUUUUGUCAAAAAGGUGGUUUUAUGAUUUAAAAUCAAAUAUCAGGUUGAAAUGUUGAAAGUCAAAUUGUGAAACUAACAUGUUUGAGUGAUUCCAGGCUGCGUUUGAGUUUCCUCGGAAGUCAGAAGUUCGAGCUGGGAAUGAAGUCGCACCCGAGUUACCAGCGUUUCAGUUACCAAGUUGUAAGAAAGCAAAAUCAGAGGCAGAAGUAAGAUGGCUACAUCUACGAAAGUUAUGUUAGCACUUGUCCAAAUAUAAACAAGGACAAGGCAAGCGCUAAAAUAACUUUCGUAGCCAUCUUGUUUCCGCUGGACUUGGCGCUGGUAACUCAGGUGUGACGUCAUUCCCAGCUUGGACAUCUGACAUCGGAGAUAACUCAAAUGCAGCUCUAGACUCGCUCAAUUUGUGAUGUCACAGAUUGGUGAAUCACUUGAAGAGAGCAUUAUACCUGUUACACUUACCAAAUGAGGGAAUUUUGCUUAGUGUUUUAAUCGAAUAACACUGGUUUACACUGUGAUUAAGACUUAGUAGCAUGGCAACAGUGGAGGAAGCUUCUGGAGAGCUCGCCAAAUGUAAGACAACAGAUUUGUAGGGAGGCAGAAGGUAAAAUGAGGGUAUAUAAAGACGCCUUACUGAGAUAAGAUUGGAGUUUUGGAGCUUUUAAUCGUAUAAAACUAUCACUCAAAAAAGCUCCUGUGAGUAACCUUUAGUUUGUGCAAAUUAUGGCGCCCCCUGUGGAUCAACCAGCACGUCUUGUUUCUUCACUUAUCAAAAACUCUUGUUCUUACAUUUUUGCAGCCAAAUUAAUUAAUAAAAAUAUAUUUAAAAGCAUCUAUUUUGGCAGUUUAAGUGACCGAGGAGCAGUUUUAGACAGGGGUAAAUAUGAACAAAGUAGAGUCAAUCUUGAAGCUAAUGGUCUAGUUUGCUUUUGUAGCAUCAGUAUAAUUUUAAUCCUGUAUCAUAACCAGAUUAAAAAUAAUCAUAGGAGCUUUAAGUUUAAAAUUAAAGUAAAUUUUAUAAUAUAUUCAUUAAUUUUACCUUCAUUUAACCAGAUUCAGAAACAAAACAACAACACUGGACGAUCACAAAUCAUAUUUUAACACACAGUGGCACACUCUUAACGAUAAUAUUACAUUUCCCUCCUAAAUGUAAUAAUAAACAAUUUUUUCCAUUUUAUACCUUCAAUUGCAGUCCCACCCAAUGUUGUUAAAAAUAAACCUAUAUAUCUGAUCAUGUCGUUGUCUGAAUGUCUGUAUUUAAAGCAGAAACCAAACUUGCACUGCUAGCUGGUUAAUUGUUCCUCGUAUUGUUAAUGCUCUCUCAGUGUCGUUAUCUAACAGACUCCUCCCUGAAUGAAAACACAGAUUCAGAGGAUAAAACAACUCGGGCUUUCUAAUUAGUGAGGCUUUCAGAUCCUGAAUGGCUCAUUUGAUCGUUUCUUUGUGAGCAGCAAACAAGUUUUAAUGUCAAACCGAAUAUAAAGUGACAGGAAGAGAGAGUGUGUUAUUCCUCAUGGCGGGGGGUCCACAGAGAUCAUGCACCCUAUUUAACACAUUAACAUCCAGACUGCGGCACCUCGAGGUGUGAUCUGGAUUUUAAUGCUGGAGGAUGACACUGAAGGUGCUUGGUACUGUAAAAUUGUUCUACUUUUCCGAGCAAUUAUUCGCUUUCAGAAGAUAAAAACGAUAUAAAACCAUUUCCUUACUUUCCCUGUCCUUUCAAAAUAAAAGCAAAAUAAUAUCCUAUGAAUAGGGCUGCAGAAUAAAUUGUAAAACUGUUUUAUUCCUGAAAUUAUUUAACAUGUGCAGUCAUGUUUUCUCACUCAGCACCUGUUAAACCGAAGCCUGGCUCUCGUGGUCACGCUUUUACACCACUUUGAUGCAGCCAAAUGAAACUUCAGCCAGCUGUCGGCUAAUCCCAGAUAAUCUAGUGAGGAAAAAACCUGCUCUUUAGAAGCAGGGGAGGGGAAACAUGCCGCAAACACAGGUUAUCUGGAAAACAUGAGGGACAGAUAGAUAGAUAGACCACAGUUACUGUUCCAAAUGAGAGAUCAGUUUCCUUUAGGGCUGGGCGAUAAAUAAAAAAUGUACAGUACCUAAAUUUACAACUAUAAACAACCUCAUUUGCCCAUAUCAGUAUAUUCGGUGUCAAAAAAAUAAAUAAGUAAAAGUUGGUUUUGGAUGUGUGUAGGUAGGCUAUGGUCUCAUGUCCCUUUAAGACGCUGUCCUACAUCAGAGACGUGACUCCACCCCAUCCAGUCCGUAACAAAGAGGGAAAGACAGGUGAGGAGAUGGAGGACGGUUCAAAAGUUGAAGUUUCCUUGAUUGACUAAAGUGACAUUAAAGUGAUUAAUAGAUAGACUAACUUCAUGUAUUUUUUGGAUGUUGCAAGAAAAACAUAGUGCAUUAGGGCUGGGUGAUAUGGCCUCAAAUCAAUAUCACGAUAUAUUGAUCAGUUCACCUCGAUAACGAUAAAUGGACGAUAACUACUUCACAAUCUACUCACCCCCUUCCACAUUAACUUCAUUUACUUCAGCUACUACAACUUUUAUUUAUUUAUUUUUUUUUUGACACCGAAUUUACCAUUAUCGGCAAAAUGACGUUGGUUAUUGUCGUACAUUUUGUAUCGAUAAAUUUUCAGUUUAUUGCCCAGCCCCACCUUCAAUCUUCUAUCGGAAAUAAAUAGAUGUGUCUUAUUGUCCGACCUUAGUAUUAUUAAUUUUAGGUCAAUUGGUCACAUGACAUGGAAGCUAUUGUAGGAAAACAGCCUUUUCUGAGAACAUCAGGCUGUAAUUUAUUGACGGUCCCUUAGUCAACACCCAACGUUGACAGUGAGGGUGCCGAGUAGAUUUAACCGCGCUGCUGUUGCUAUUCCCAUUAUGGAGAGUGAGAAUGGAGGACACUGUUAGAUCCGUGGUGAAUAUCCGUCGAAUAUCCAACCUAAAAUUAACUUCACCGUGGUAUUUACAUGAAAAAACAUUUGUUGCCUUGGCCGAUAUAUUUGCGCACAUGUGCCUCCAAAUACACUUAACAUUUCGCACACAUCUAUUUUUAGUCGCAAAUGCGAGGGAAACUGUCGAGCCCUGUAUGGGCAAAAUGACGUUGGUUAUUGUCGUAAAUUUCGUUAUCUGUAAAUCUUGGUCGUCUGGUUUAUCACCCAGCCCUAGAUUCAACUUUACCUCUUGACACUGUGCCAACCUGAGUAACAGCAGACAAUCCAACAUGGAGUAUUUCAAAGUUUAGAGCUUGUCCUGCAAUCCAUGCGACGCCAGAAAAGCUAACGAGUGUACGACAAAGUUGCCGAUUUCUAGAAAGUAAUUUGAACAUUCAGCGGUAUUUAGUAAACGAGUAUUUGAGCGAUCAUGUAUUCUAACUCAAUAAACAAGAACUGACGAUAACUGCUAAACUAGUAGGUCUUUACGCAAGUUGCUAAUUUGCCACACGAAGAAGAAGCAGUGGUAACUAGAGGUAGCUAGCUAGUCAGACAUUUUUCAGAUGCCUCUUAAGGGAUGCUAAAAAAACAAAUAUGUAAAUGUUUGGACUGUUUUUUAAGCUGUUUAUCGCCCAGCCCUACAGUGCAAUGUCAUUUCUCUUCCAGUAUCCUGCAGCCCUGAUGUCUAUUUCCUCUAAUGUAUGAAUUUGUAAUGAUAAGUCUCUUUAUUCUCCUUAUUUGUUCAGCUAAGUGAUGUCAAAUUGAUCAGAUGUGUCUCACAGAAACCAUAUUUCUGUCAACCGUGAGAAAACCUACAUCUCAACUCAGCUCUGAGUGAAUCACUGUCACCUAUUAUAGAAACGCAGAACACCUCCUUUUGUUUUAACUCUAAUCCUGCUCCUCAUCCACCUCGGUGCAGAGCGUGGAGCUGCUCCUCAGGGCUGCUCCUGCCUGUUUGCGUCUACAGUAUGUGCUGAGCUAGUCUGUUGAAACAGCUUAAUUGAUACUCAUUAAACAGCAGUGACAGCUUAGGUGUCCUUGAUGAAUGUGGAAUAAUUCGGUUGUACUUACAACUUGAUUAAGGAGCAGCGCACAACAUGUCAGUGUUGUAGCCCAUGGCUGGGUCUGUAUGCACUCACUAUCUACUUCUAAUGAUCAGUCUUAUUGGCUGAGCUAACCUCCGAGUGAAUCUGCUGCUAUUGUCUGGGAAAAUAAACAACUUUUAAAGCUCCUAAAUGAAAAAGUAUUAAAAAGAAACAGCAGCUUAUUUGACUUUGAUAACUGGGAGAGUGGAACACCUCCGAAUAUGCUUCAUCUAAAAUGUGAAUUAUGUUGACUUUUCUUUGUGUUUAUUCAGCCACAGUCUGGCAUUUCCAGACAAUAAUAAAGUCAAUGGAUGUCAGGCGGAUGAAAAAUGUGCAUCUUGUAUUAUUUCAGUUUAAAAAUUAGAGGCAAUUGGAAUUGGUUCAAAAUUGACUGUCUUUGUAACGAGCGCAUGACGAAUGGUAUAAUUUAGAGGAGAAAAUGAACGUGGGGAAACCAAAAAUAUUAUUCUGCCGCAUUUUAUAUGCCAUGAUACUCCAUGAAAAUGAACUAAUUUCGCUAAAUACCCUGCGAAAUCUGCCCGCAAUAUUUCUUCAGCGCUGACAUGGAGGCUUGGUUCACACGGGUCGCGGGGGCAUGAGGCAGACACUUUUCUUUUGUCUACUUUUAUUUUCUCUUACAGCCUCCGAGUGGAGUUAAAACCCCCACAACUUGCAGAUUUCAAGGCCCGCGUUGCCUCGCAUUUUGCUGACAUCUGACGGUAAAAAGAAAGAGCCCCUUUUCUCCGUUUUGAGAGGACAUGAAAGCGGGGGAAUUUCCGCAGAGGAUGGAUUUACAACUUUAUCCUCACAUGAUUAAUAUUACACAGGGAGGUCUUUGUACAGGAAGCAGCAUGUCUAAUUAUGGUCCAACUGUGUCUGACUGAGAGAAAACAUGAUGCCAAAGGCUGCCAGGAGGAACUGCACCGACACGUCACACAAAUGUGGGUGUGGGGUGAGGUCAUCGUCACCCAGAUUUCAUGAUCCUUAACCUAGAAAUGAUUGAGCAACGACUCGAGCGUCCAGCUGGAAAAACCCUCCAGAAACACAGAUUUAGGAGCUCCAGUGAAACUCAAUCAGGAAGUCUAUUUGCCGUUUUUUUGUCUCAUAUUUUCAAGGUUACACACGUCUACAAACACAUCAUAAUACCCAUGAGCUCACUGACGGUAACUACACUUCGUCCACAUUUGCUGUACAGUUCAGAGCACUUUGAGAUUCAUCACUUCUCCCCCCCUUUUUUCAAGAAUUUCAGGGACUCUGUGUCCUCCCACGUUUGUCUGUUCAUCAUAUAUCUCGGCCCCAGACAUUCAAGAGGUCGCUCGCCAGGCCAGCCGUAAGUCAUCCUGCCUAUCAGGACAAGACGGUGUUUCUUCCUGGGCUUGAUUUUCAGCUGUUACUUGUAAACCAGAGCAGCAUUCUUCAGAUUAACAGAGUGACGGGGAGGCCCUCUUAAAGCAAACUAUAAUAGUACGAUAUGUUACAGUCAUAUUUUAUGGCUUUUUGCGUGUGAGGCCAAGUAUGUGCGCAGAUGGAUCAUCUGAAGGAUCUAAUAGGGCUGCAUUGCACCUCGGGGAGCGCAGGAAAAUAAUGGUGUUGUGUUUCUGCUGUUUUUCAUUAGGCUGAUAAUAAUAACACAGGUGUGCACGUCACAGGAAACCUGCGUGGGCCUGGUCAUCCUCACGAGUGCACAUCAGACGCGACAAGGUUAUUCUUCCUCCCCUCUUCCUGAGCUUGUUUUCGAUACGUCAAGAGUCUCCUUUUUGAAGAAUCUGUUUUUGUCUCGGAGUGUAUGUGAGCGCACGAGUACGCUCACUUCUUUGUCUGCCUGAGAAAAAAAGUCAUUGAUAUAGAACUAACUGUCAAAAUAAGUCGUGUUCAAUCCAAAACCGUUUAAGUUGUCAAGGACACAUUUUCCUCCUUCCCAUAUCCUGACAAACAUUGAGUCAGCAAUUGUCUGUUGUAUUUUCAGUGCUGGUAUCUGGUGCUCCCCCCCAGGCCAUUUUAAAGUUGUAGAAAGUGGUCAUUUUCUCUGUGUCAGUGGGAGGUCAGUGUUGUGGCAGUCAGCAGAGCUAUUCAGUCUGCUGAAACAGAGUCUAUUGGGAACCCUAAAGACAUUUUGUCCGGCGCAGUUGCCUCUCCCUGUCUGUCUUCUUGUCUGUCUCAUUGUUCUCACGGCGCUCGUACAAAGUCAGAGAAAGAUGGAAACAUUCGCUUGAUGAUUUCCAGAUCUCAAACUUUUAUGCAGACCUGACGCGCCGAAGCUGCUCUGCUGUCAACGCGCUGGAAUUUAAACAUAAAAUUGACAUAUAGAAGGAAUCCAGUUGAAUAUUUUUCAUUUGCAUUACCGUCUCUCACUCUGCAGCCAUUUGUCCUUCUGUCAAAAGUACUUCUUGUUAUUUCCAGCUCUUACUCCGUCUGAAUAUCUACCUGUCCAUCCAGCUCUCUGUCUCUCAGAGACUGACAUGUCCUCUUUGUGCUGUGUAUCGUAUCCCUGGCAACUGUCGCCCCAGGCCCAUUCAUCCCUAAAAUGCAGCAGAGGUCACACACAGAUCAUCGCUCUCGCCAAAGGCCCUGACUUUAACACAGAGUGACCCGUGCAGGACAGCGGUGCGGUGACGGAUCUGGAAAUAACACGAGCAUAAUCUGCCCCAUCAUCACAAUUAGAAAGAGUCUGGUGAGCAGAAAACCUGGUUUGGGUGAGAUAGAGAGGCCAGAUCUGGGGAUUAAAAGAAGUCAACUGACGUAGACGUACAAACUCAGGAAGCUUCUUAGACCGUAUCAGACUUACACUCCUCCUUCAACGCUGAAAAACACUUUUAAGAGUCAGGAUUGUUGGUAAAACAUUUACAAACAUUUGAAUAUAAAGGAAAAACUUUGAGUUAGAGCUGAGUUUCAGCAUUUUUUAAACACAUUUUGUUAAAGCUUCCAUAAGGAACUUUUUAUUUGUGUCAAAUUUGGCGCCCCCAGUGGACAAAACAGUGCUUAUCUGGCAAAAUUCUUAAAACAGUGUUAUUUUUUUAGCUGCUGAGCUGACACCUACCCUCUUGUAUCAGCUCCAGAUGUUGAAAAUUACAAAUCACAGUUCACUUGUUUGUUUUUGUAUUUCAUGAAAAGGCAUCAAUAUGACUUUUAGUUUAUUUCUUCAACAUGGAAAACUCAUCACAGGAGCUUGAAAACUUUUUAAUUGUUUUGAGGUUUUUAUGAAAAAAAGGACAAGAGACAGAGUCAGAAACUGGGUGGUGAGCCUCUGUACAUGGGGCACCACUGAAGUAGGGGUGGGCGAUAUAACUUGAAAAUUUGUAAUCGCUUCUUAUCUUUGUGUUAGCAUGAAAAAGUGAUAGGGUUCAUGUUUGUAUUCAUGUUUUCAUUUGAUAUGACUCCAUCUCCUAGGGCUGGGCGAUAAACUGAAAAAUUUACUGAUAUCAUGACCACAAGAGCCAGGCUUCGGUUUAACAGGUGCUGAGUGAGAAAACAUGAGUGCACAUGUUAAAUAAUUUCAGGGAUAAAACAGUUUUGCAAUUUAUUCUGCAGCCCUAUUCAUUAGACAUAUGUGCUAAAGAAAAUUUUCUGACACCUACCCUCCUCUCAACAGUUUUAAGUUUUUAAAAAUACAACAGCAAAGUUUUCGGCCUUCUUGUUGAGGGUCUUGGAGAAGCAUUAGGUUCAGUUGAUAAACCAAACAUUUACAGAUACGGAAAUGUACAGUAAUAACCGUUGUCGUUUUGCCUGUAUCAGUAUAUUUGGUGUCAAAAAAAUAAAUAAAUAAAAGUUGUUUUUGGAUGUGUGUAGGUAGACUAUGAUCCAGCCCUACAGUCUCCCCCUAAUACAAGCCUGUGAUGCAUAAACCAGACUUACGUCUACCGUACGUCCACCUCCAAGUAUAUUUUAAAAGAAAAUUUGCUGGACCUAGUAGACCUGGUAGUGAAGCCAAACGUUGGUGAUCACCAUAUUUAAAACACUGACUCAACCCCGUCUGUGGUUGAUCUAACUACAGGCGAAGGUGUGGUGCUGAUGUAGGCCUGGAGUCUCCUGGCAAACAGCUACAAACCUGUUCGCCGACACACCAUGCCCUUUAAUUACGCCAGUUUUUUCCUGACACUCACCUUUGGUAUUAACAAAUUCCCCUCAUGGUGUUUACUAUUAUAAGUCCGGAAAAAAACUCCAUACCAGGCUGUAAGUGUGUGGAUUUCUGCUGUUCUAACAUGAGAGUUUUAAGUUUUCUUCCUCUACUUGAUGACAGCCAACAGUCUCAUUUCGAUGACUGUCGAUCUUAAUGAGUCGCCUGCUAACAGCUUUGAUUGUGUCCCAGAUUUAAUGGGGGACAGUCGGGCUCCGGGAGGCUGGAGGCUGGAGUGACGGGUCAUUGUCACAAUAGUAUGCUGUGCCUCAAACUCUGCACAUUGCACCAAAUGAUGUGUAAUUUCACUGUUGGUCUCAAACAACAGGAUAAUGGUGCAGCUGACCUUGUGGGGCCGAAACCUCAUUAAAUCAGCAAACAGUACUCUGAGAAGUUACAUUAGUUAUGUCGUAGUAAGCACUUCCAUCAUUCGGGGUGGAGUCUGUUACUUCCCAUUCAGAGCGGCUCCUCUUUGCAGCCUUGAAUGGCCUCCUUUGAACCCUGCGAUAAUCCCUAACCAGGAAUUCCUCACUCCCUCUGAGAAUUGGAUGUUGAUGUGGGGGAUCUGUUGCACUCAACUUCCAGGGGGGACAAGGUGGAUUAUCUCGGCUAACUUUUUAUCAGGUUUUGUGGCUCUUCUGCCUGUUUUGUAGUGAAGUAAACAGGACACAUUGGUGCGAAAAAGAGCUAUGUAUCCCUCUGCUUUACUAACACACACAUGCACCUCCUCUCUGCUCCUCUCCCUGACAGUACCACACAACACUAGCCCCUUGGUGAGUCAGCCCACCGGGACAAUGUUAAUUAUUCCAGAUUGCAGCUCUGGAUGUGGCUCCUCCUCCUCCUUACUGUCAAUACAAGUCGAAGUUAGACCUAUUCGGGGCCUCCAUUCGCCACUUAAGACAAAUUAGCACAACACGACAGGUGGCACGGUAAUCCUUUAAUCUUGAUUAUUUUGUUGUUUUGAUGCUGGGAGGCAAAAAAGUAACUGAUAUUUAAAUUUGAUUAAUUGCUGAGCCGUAGUCCCGGGCUUUCCCAGGUACUUUUAUCCAGCGAAAGCCAACCUGGAGACAGUUCUACACAGAGCCGAAACUUAGCACCGAUAUUGGUCUUCAGGGCCGAUACUGAUGCCGACAGUUAGUAGUUUAUGAAACUGAUGACUGAUAUAUAGUGGACCCAUAUUUGUAUUUAAGGUGCCAGCACUGAUACUGAUAAUGAUAUUUGCUGAUAGUUAUUAGACUAAUAUUGUUUAUAUAACUGAUAUCUAAUACUAAAUUUUCAGGGCCGAUACUGUUGCCAGUAAAGAGAUUUUGGUAUUUGGUCGACUAAUAUUGGCUUUUCAGGGCUGAUACUGAUGGCCAAAAUAAGAAGUUUAUAAAAGCAAAAACUGAUAUCUGGUGGUUUUUCAGGGCCGAUACUUGUGCUGAUAUAUGAUAGUUCAUAAUACUGACAACAAAGAUUUGUUUGAUAUUGUUUUUUUAAAGCUGAUACUGAUGUGAUUGGCUGAUUUUGGUUUUUCCAGGGGCGAUACUGAUGCCAAUAAUUGAUAGUCCGUACUUGGUCGACUAUUAUUGGCUUUUCAGGACUGUACUGAUGGCCAAAAUUAGAAGUUCAGGAGACCAAAAGCUGAUAACUGUUGGACAGAUAGUGAUUUUUCAGGGCCGAUACUUGUGCCGAUAAAUAAAAGCUCAUAACACUGAGAAUGAAGAUUUGUUUGAUAUUGGUUUUUAAAAGCUAAUACUGAUGUGCUUGACUGAUAUUGGCUUUUCAGGACUAAUACUGAUGGCCAAAAUAAGAAGUUCAGGAGAGCAAAAAACUGACAUCUGGUGGCUUUUCAAGGCCGAUACUUGUGCUGAUGAAUAAUAGUUCAUAAAAUUGACAACAGAGAUUUGUUUGAUAUUGGUUUUUUAAAGCUGAUACUGAUAGUUGAUCAACUGAUUUUUGUUUUCUAGGGGCGAUACUGAUGCCAAUAAUUGAUAAUCAAUGAGACCAAUGACUGAUAUUAGUUUCUCUCAGGACUGAUACUGAUGCAGAUAUUUGAUAAGUGGUGCGAGAAAACAGACUUAGAGGGAAAGACACACCGAGAACAGAGCCAAAUGACAUAAUUUUAUUGACUAUCUGUAAAAUAAAAGGCCGAUACAGGUGAACAGCCCUAAAUAUCGGCUGACACUGAUAAUCUGUCGACCUCCUAACAUGGCUUUUAAAAAAACUCUUGUUCUCUAUGGAGUGAGUCUAACAUGGAUUUUCAAAUCAAUCCAAUCAGGGCUCGGAGUCCCAACCUCCCACAUUUCCUUCACCUGUUUCCCCCGUUUCUGUAAGUAACAGUAAAAAACAGAGAGGUUACACGCCCUGUAGCUAAUCACUCCCAGUGUGCUCGUGUGUGUGUGUGUGUGUGUGUGUGUGUGUGUGUACGCUCCUGUAACUGCUGGCUGUUUGAGCUUUUUGUGUGUGUGUGUGUAUUUGUAUGUGUGAAAGCCUUUGUGUUAGCAUGUGUUUCCUACAUGCUCCAUGGCAGCCCUCACACCCUGGCAGCGACCCAGCUGAAAAGUUCCGGUACUGUCCAGACGCAUCCUUUAGGGACCUCAUCAGCCCCUGAAUUUCCUUCCCCGCACGCCUGAGGGCAUCCAUAUUCAUUUCCUCCUCUGAUUUGGGGAAAAUGAUGAAAGGCUGGCCUUUUUCCCAUCUCUUAUUUCCUGCCAAGGUUGCCUGCAUUUCAAUGCAACGUAAAUCUGCAAAGACCUGCAAACAGGCUUUCAUUUGGACUUGACCAGUUCCAUGUUAUUAGUAUCAUGCCAUGCCGAGAGGCCUGGGGUUAUUAUUGUAAUACCAAAGUGUCAGAAUCUCUGUGUGGAUCAUUGCACUGUACACGGCGGUAUAUUAAUGCUGUAGUCUUAAAAUGGGCGCAUUGUAAGUUUCACUAUUGUCUGUAUUUACUCCACGGGCCUGCUUCUCAUAAAAUAAAUAUCUCAUCCCGCAUCAGGUUAUGAGGGUUUGAUGAUAUCAUGAAGAUAAGUGCAUUGGGUUGAAAUGAACCUGUGAUUAAACUGGUGGGUGGGUAUUUACUCUUACCGGAGACGGGAAGUGAAUGUUAAUGAAAAUAACAGUCGCGUACAGUAAUAACCACACUCUGUAAUUAUUGGCGUGCUUUGAUGAUGCCAUAUAUGCUCAACACACACAUGCGCCUACUUAACCAAACCUCAGGUAGACUAUUAGCUCCGCUAGCAGGAUCCUGUCCUCCUCCAUGCACGACAGCGCUCAGGGCGGGGCUGAGCCGAGUUGCCGAGACAACCCUAAACACACAUGUACACAAAGGGAAGGCCCCGCUGUGAGAGAGGAUCAUCUCCACCUCUGUCUGGAUAAAGAGCGGUGUCGCUCCACUCGCUGGAAUGCACUCCUGCCCUACAGGCGUAUACAGCAGAGCGAGAGAGAGAGAGUGUGUGUGUGUGUGUGUGUGUGUGUGCGUGCUGUACACACUGAGCGUUAUUAAUGACACAUCAUUCAUGGAGGUUUAUACCGACAGUUUCAGAACUGGAACACAUUGUUCAUCUAACUGUUUUUGCAAAUAAAGCGUUAAAACAUUUGAGCGUUUUAUUGCAGAGGAAAGAUUACAGCAACAUAAUGACGGCGAUAGUAUCCAUGGAGUCGUUUUAGCGUGGUGAAAUCUUGGCUUUUUGUUGUCGAAAUGUUGGUGUUAUUACUUCUCUUCGUCACAGCUGUCAUUAUAAGUGUCUUACAAUCGUACAGUAAGGAAUCGUCCUUUUUUAGAAACCUUACAAAAGCUGUUCGACCCCUUUUUUAAAAAGCCUCGAGUCUCUUUUGACAAAACAUAAAAUUUCUCCCUAAAGGAGAGUUCUGGUUUACCUCCGCUUUUCUCAGUUACGGCGACUCUAAUAUUGUGUCUGAUCCUGACGAGACAUUUUCAUCAUCAAAGUCAAAACUAAAACACAAGUAACACGACUGUAUCAGGAAGAUGUGGACCUGAUAAAAUACUGCUUUUGUCUGAGUCAUCUGGUGGCAUUUUGGAAAAUAAUGCAACAACUGCAAAAAAACAAAAAUCAAAUUUGUACCUUUAGAAAAAGAUGCAUUCACUGUGGAUUUUAUGCACAAUUAUGACAAGGAAGUAUGUUUUAAAAAAGGGAUUAAAAUAGUGUGAGUAUUGAAAAUGCAUUUCAGAAAUCCUGAGACUCUCAGAGGUACAAAGUGGAAGGAGUUUUAUCACUUUGUAAGCAAACAGUUCAACAAAUGUAGGAUAGUAGCAUAAGCUAAUAUCAUUAAAAGAUUCAGGUUAUACUGGAUGGGUAUGACUCUAGGGCUGGGCGAUAUGGCCUUAAAUCAAUAUCACGAUAUAUUGAUCAGUUCACCUUGAUAAUGAUAAAUGGACGAUAACUACUCCACAAGCUGCUCACCCCCUCCCACAUUAACUUUGUCUACUUCAGCCGCUACAACUUUUGAACCGUCCUCCAUCUCCUCACCUGUCUUUCCCUCUUUGUUACGGACUGGAUGGGGUGGAGUCACAUCUCCAAUGUAGGACAGCGUCUUAAAGAAACAUGAGACUAUAGCCUACCUACACACAUCCAAAAACAACUUUUUAUAUAUUUACUUUUUUGAAACUGAGUUUAACGAUAUGGGCAGAAUGACAUUGGUUAUUGUCUUAUAUUUCAGUAUCGGUAAUUUACUGUGGAUUUUAUGCACAAUUAUGACAAGGAAGUAUGUUUUAAAAAAGGGAUUAAAAUAGUGUGAGUAUUGAAAAUGCAUUUCAGAAAUCCUGAGACUCUCAGAGGUACAAAGUGGAAGGAGUUUUAUCACUUUGUAAGCAAACAGUUCAACAAAUGUAGGAUAGUAGCAUAAGCUAAUAUCAUUAAAAGAUUCAGGUUAUACUGGAUGGGUAUGACUCUAGGGCUGGGCGAUAUGGCAUUAAAUCAAUAUCACGAUAUAUUGAGCAGUUCACCUCGAUAACGAUAAGUGGACGAUAACUACUCCACAAGCUGCUCACCCCCUCCCACAUUCAUUUAGUUUACUUCAGUGGAGUCACGUCUCUGAGACCAAAGCCUACCUACACACAUCCAAAAACAACUUUUAUUUAUUAAUCGUUUUGACAACAAAUAUACUGAUAUGAGCAAAAUGACGUCAGUUAUUGUCGUAAAUUUUAGUAUCAGUAGAUUUUUGUUUUAUCGCCCAGCCCUACAAGAAAAAUAUGUUUGAAAAAAUUGAUUAAAAACAGUACAAAUAAAGAAAAUGCGUUCAAGAAAUCCUGAGUCUCUCAAAGGUAAAAAGUAGGAGGAGCUUUAUUACUUUGUAAGAGACAAACAGGUCAACAAAUUCAGGAUAGUAUAACCAUAAGCAAAUAUUGUAAGGUUAUUAAAGGUUAUACUGGAUGGCCAUGACUCAGAAGUAGAAAUAACUGCAUAGGUUUGGAGAUAUACUCCUACAAUCGCAGAUUAAAACUGCAAAGAGGGAACCAUAUAUAAACAUGUUUUAUAUGUAAUAUAUAUAUUCAGGUUUUAGAGGAACACGUGCUGUCGUUCAGGAAACCCCUUUUUCAGAGAAGACCUUUGAAAUCUGAAGUGCCCGUCCGGUGUUUUCUCUUUCUGAUACCGUCUUUGCCUUUCAUAGUUUUGUCUCUAGUCGUCGCCGUGACAGCUCUCUUUCAAAAACGGCACUUGAUAGAUUUCACCAGUGGAUUUACAGAGCUCAGAACUAAGUCUGCAUUGUUGGGCUCCAAAUCUGGGCCACAUAUGAUAACAGAAUUAUCCCUCCGUACUGUAAGCGUGCUGAUACUCAUGCAACUGUCUGUCAGCCCAGGCCGGGAAAGAUGCAAAAUAGCUGGUGUCUGUGGGUGUCAGAUAGACCUGGGUUUCUUUUAUAGUGCGGCUCUAACUCCACGCAGAGAGUGUGUGGGCAUGUUUCACUCUGACCCAAACACACUUUUCCUGCUGACCGGCGCUGCACACUAGUUUGUGUUCUGCAGUUUGCUGCGUCUCUUAGCACGAGGGCAGGUUAUAUUUUGGUAGACACAGUGUCACCUGGGCGCUUUUAUGUAACACAACACAUUCAACAACCUGGAAAUUAAUGCAGUUCAUGGAGCUGUUGAAGCAGAGCCGGAGUCAGAAUCUUUUAAAAGGCAGAGCUGGCCACCUCUGGCUCCUCCAUAAAGACGAUUUCAGGUCCUGUAAGUUUUUCCAUGACUCUGUUUUUAGAUUAAUAAAAGUCUGCGCAGGUUAAUUUGCACUGGGGUCGUAUUUAAAGAAACUUCAAUGUUAGGCCAUCUGGAAAAUACAGAUUUUAAAGAGGCUGAGUAAAACUUAAGCACCGCUACGGGAAACAAUUCAGCUAAUUGUAAACAUGUGCAGGUGAUAUCACCCCUCAGACUGCAGACAAAGGCCGGAGCGAAAGGUCCCGUGAAAAAGCUGAAGGUUUACAGGAAACUCAAAAUCCACUCCAACCUACUGAGGAAAACAUCAAGUGUCUGCUUUAACAACAAAUGAUGCCAAUUUAGUCUGUCCCCAAGUGACAAAUGUUUUCUUCAGAACAGUCAUGCAUUCGCACGGCAACGUUCCUACAGGCAAAACCCCCACUGAAAAUCCCAUUAGAAUCAAAUGAAUGUCAAAUCCUGCUAAGUGUUUGCACAUGACAAACAUCGAACAUGGCUAAUUGCAGAUAAGUGUCAGGGUGAAAUGUGUUUUUGAGCCUGAGAUGCUGCAAAAUGGCGCAGUGUGUGUGUGAGUGUGUGUGUGUUUUUUUGUUUUAUUUUAGUACAGUAGAGAUCUAGCCAUGGGUUGUUGUAGCAAAUCCGGAGACACGAGAUGUCUGCUGGAAACUGAGAGACGUUUGUCUGCAUCUUCAGUGUCUGUCAGCGCUGAAUCAAAGCGGCAGUGAGGCACGGAUUCUGAAGAAAAAGACACUUUUAUUUCUUUUACAAAGAAAAAAACACACUUUACAGACUGUUUGCUAAUAGUGGCGCCAAAUCAGGAUGAUAGGAUCGUCUCUGAGGCUGUGACUGACCCCCAGGAGUUAUCUUAUAUUCUGCCCAGCAACCCCUCAGAAUUCCCGACCAAUCAUAAUGCUGGUCCUGCACUUUCUGUUACAAGAUAACAGAGGUCCAAAGAUGUCUUUUUUUCCUUUAUUUAAUUGUAUUUGAUGCUGAUUCUAUUUAUUUUACAUCUAUUUAAGGGAUGCAGAUUUGUAAAUAUGAGUUGUUUUUCAAUGCAAAAUUUAUUAAUUCAAAGAAUACAGAGUCCAGUUGAGCUUAAACAACUAUUUCUUGGUCGUCAGGAAUUUUUUGCAAAAGUUAACAAAGGAAUUUAUAAUUUAUGACUUUGUAAUUUGACCUUAAAUUAACCAAAACAGACGAUUUCACUGUAAAAACCUGAAACAUCUUUGUCUGAUUUCCUGUCCAAGUAUCCUGUUACAUUAACAAGUUUACUAAUUUAGUCCAGAUCAGUAUGAAACUUCACAGUCUGUCUUUUUAGUCAUUGCAAUCUCUAAUUUUAAAUACUCUAAGAUGAAAACUCAGACUCGUUUGGCUUAAAUUACGUGUAACGAGGUAUUUUAAUCAGUGAAACAAAUGAAUGACAUGAGAUCGAUGUUCUUGCAGUGGAUUUAAGCAACUUUUUCCAUUAAUUUAUACCACCAAGCAAGUUUUUUUGACUGAUUUUCCAGUAUAAAAAUAUAUGCAGAGGUACAUUAACCAGACAUGCCCAGAAAAAAAAUCCAAAUUUAAGAUAAAAUAAGCCUAAAAUAAGACUUAGUGUGAUUAAGUUUGUUGAAUUCGAAGUGUUAUUCUUAUUUUAAGUACAUUUUUUGUGUUUAUUUUGUAGAAACAAGACAAAUACUGUUGCUUCGUUCUAAUUUAAUAUAGUUCCUCUUGUUAUUUUACGUCACUUGUCUGUCAUGAAUUUCUUAAAUAGUGCCGUGUGUCAAAAAGAGCUUAAAUAAUAAAUUUAACAUUUAAUAAAGAACAAAUUCCAAUUUGAUGACAGUUUACCAAGAUUUAGGGUCGAAUAAAAAGACAAUUUAAUGUUAUUUAAGUUUGACAUAUUUUGGAGAAAAAACAAAAACUCAUCAGUUCACGAUAAAACGACCUCGUCAAAGUUUGAUUUGUGUUUUUAUGAGGGUGAUUUUCAGCGGCACACUGAGUUCUUCUCAUUACGUUCCAGUCUGGUCUCGUACUGGAGUUGCUCAGCCUCCAGUGUUGCCAUGCAGGAGUGUGACUGGGCACCAUCUUGUGUCCUGAGCAUUAGCAGCAGUCUGUUGUGUGGCAGAAACACCAGCUGCCUGUUAGCAGAGAAGGAGAGAGGAAGAUAGAGAGAGAGAGAGAGAGAGAGAGGUGGAGGGGGAGAAGAAGAGAAGAGAAGAAAGAGGGAGGUGCUGGGCUGGGCUGGGCCGGCCCACCUCAGAUUUGGGUCUGUGAGUUAUUGACCCUCUUUGAUAAACCCCUCUGAAUGACACGGGCGUAAUUCAGCCUAAAAGUUUGCACUGUCACCGGGACGAGCUGACUGUCUGCGCUGAAUAUAUGGGUGCAAUUUUCCAAAUAGGUUUAUAGCAAUUCUUGGGAGAGGAGGGCGAGAUAGUGAUAUUACUGACUUUAUCACUGCAGCUGAGCAGCAUGUAGCACCUCUCCGCUCUGUAUCUCUCUAUUCCUCUGCUGUAGAGCAUGAAGGAUCACACAGCACUGUGUGUAUACUGUAGGAACUACUAAAGAGAAAAGAGCACCGAGCCUAAUGGAGGGCAGGGGAACCGUACGUCAGUUUUACAGUAAUGCAGUUUUAUCCACUUUUAUUGUCAUCUCAGGUUUUUAACUUUAGACUCCAGACUUCCUGUUUGUCUUUUGCAAAUGCAUCUGCAUGAGCAUUUAUGCAAAAUAUAAUAUGAUGGUAUAAAAAGGGUCACUGUGGCUAGGGCUGGGUGACAAAUAAACCUAAAACCUACCGAUACCAAAAUUUACGACAAUAAUCAACGUCAUUUUGCCCGUAUCUGUAUAUUCAAUGGCAAAAAAUGAAUAAAUAAAAGUUGUUUUUGGAUGCGUGUAGGUAGGCUAUGGUCUCAUGUCCCUUUAAGACACUGUCUAACGUUGGAGACGUGACUCCACCCCAUCCAGUCCGUAACAAAGAGGGAAAGACAGGUGAGGAGAUGGAGGACGGUUCAAAAGUUGUAGCGGCUGAAGUAGACGAAGUUAAUGUGGGAGGGGGUGAGCAGCUUGUGGAGUAGUUAUCGUCCAGUCAGUUUGUUUCAUCCCCAUCAUCUGUCCUUUAACAGAAACUUCGAAUUAAACUCAGACUCUCUUUCUUUAAAUCUGACUCGUCGUUUUUCACAAACACCCGUCUUUUGAGCCAAAUCCACCAAACAUCGGACAUCAAAGAUCAAGUCAGUAUUGGGUCGGUCCGUCAAAGAACACAUCUAGACGUCAGUGCAAAAUAGGUUAGAAAUUUUAACGUCCAAAUUGGACCUUUUUAAGAGGUUUAGAAUUUGGACGUCAUCUGAAGACCAAAUCCAGUCCAAAAUAGAUCCAAGAUUUAGAUGUCAUUAUUGGAUCUCUUUUAGACGUUGAAAUGACGUCCACAUUUGUACCUCAUCGUCGAAAAAAUGCUAAAGUAGAGGUAUAAGUAACCCAGUUAGUGCAAACCUUUAAAGAGGAGAUUGCCCUGUAAAACAAUAUUCUGUAGACUGACUUUUUAACUGUCUUGCAUCAAGUUUGCUGUAUUUGCUGAGUUAUAAAAGCUGCUUUUAUUUUGAAACAACCUCUAAGCUACUUCCAGCAGAACUGAAUAAAAUCAGAUAAAAGAGCAGCCAGAAAGUGUAAAUAAACAGUUGGUUUAGUUGGUAUUUAGUUUCAGGGUUCCUACGCAAGUAUGGAAAAAGUACGGAAAUAAAUUUGAUCAAUUUCAGGUCUUAAAAAGUCUGGAAAAUGAAAAAAAAAAGUAUGGAAAAAUAUUUAAGUUUCCAGACUGUUACCACAGUUUUAAAAUACUGUUAACUAAAAUAGAAAAGCAGGUAUUCCAACUGUGUAGGAACCCUGUAGUUUUAAACGUAUCUGACCUGCUUUCAGAAAGAUGCUACAGCUAGUUUGCUACAUUGCUGCCGCUGCUUCUUCGUUGUCUCACCUCACUAGAAUAAAAAACUACUCCCAUCCCCUGCUGUGAACCAACAAGUUACCAUGGACUUAUUUUUGCAAUUAUUUACCAAAUUAAAUCAAAGAUAUAAGAAAUUAUACAUCUAAUGCUGAUUUUGAUUAAAAAAAAUCAAAGAAAAGAGGACUUUUAUCCAUCAGUUUAAGUGCUGAAAAAUACUGACGGUUGUUUUUCACAUCUGUCUGACCUUUUAUGGACAUGAAGUUCGAUCAGUUUAUUGUCCAAAAGAUGGAGGAGUCAUUUAUAACAAUCAAACUUUAUUUGCUGCCCGAAACUCUCUCUGUCUGAACUCAUUUUCCAUGACUAAUCAUGUGUGUUUUUCCUGAUAAUUACCUCUUAAAAAGGGUGAAAUAGAAUCAGAGUGAGUGUAAUCUAAUAAUCGAGGAGGACUUGUUGAGCAAUAAGCAAAAUAGUGAGUCACCCCGUCUAUAGCUACACCUUUAAUCCCGCCUCGUUUCUGUCUGCGGCUGCUCUCUUAAUGUAUUUUUAUAUCUGUGUGAUACGAGCAGCUCGUUGUUGAAAUCUCACUGCAUCUUUUUUUCCCUUUUCUCUUUCAUGUGUCGAGACUGAAUCUGAACCCCUAAGAUUCUCGUACAGUGAGCCGGGUAAAGUGCAUCCUAUAAAUUGAUUUUGACCCAGCCUUUGAACAAAAGGAACACUGUUGCGUUGCCAUCCUUGGCUGAUGCCACUCCCUCUUUGGCUCACUCUGAAUACUCUCCUUUAAUAGUCUGAUGGGUGGUAGCUGGCUGACAAAAAAAAGAAGAGAAAAAAGUUCCUUAUUUAGUGGGCUGCUGUGUGGAGAGGUAGGCAGAGCGAGGAUGGGCUUUCUGUGACUGGCACCGAUCAAUCACUCUGUGAGGGGAAGCUAAUGAAGCAGGCUAUGGUUUAUUAAAGGGUUAGCAGAGAAAAGAUUACCGCAGGGCCUCAGCUUCCCAGAAGCCCGCUGAAUGAGGCUACUGUGCACCUCUAAUGGUUGGGGCCGGCCAUAAAGCAAUCAAGGUGUUUGCUCUGGGCUGGAUCCUAUUAUGCGAUCUAGGUGUGAAUACAGAUGUGUUAAAAUAUUCACCUUUGUGUUUUUGGCAAAUUUAUAAAAACAAAAUAAAAAAAAAAUGGAUUCAGGUUUACAGACAGAGUGAAAAUCUGUCCAAUAAUGAACGAUAGGAGAAUACAAAAUAGGGGGGAAAAGAGGGGCCCAUCACCAUCAGCAGUAACAUGAUUUAUCCAAAAUGUAAGAAACCACAUUUUUAUUUUAUCCUAAACACAGGGUCAUUUUUGUACACGGCUCUGACUGUUUUAGUAUCGAGCUUUUGUUGUGCGGUGGAAAGAUAAUCGUCACUAAAUUAGACGGUUAAAGAAACGCCCGCUUUAAAAUGGAAGGGGCGGGACUAGAUAGGCUCAUUCUGUUCCUUCUCAAACUGUUUGUUUUUGACAUACAUAUGUUGUGUAAAUCAGUCUUUGACAUGUACAGUUGUUUGGUGUACAUAUGUAUCAUUUUGUGCAGUGUUUAUCUGUGUUGUUCUUAAAGUUUGAGACUAAUUAAGAAGAAAAAAACCUCAAUAUUCUCCCUUUACGCAACAAAUCUGAACAUUUUAUUGAUUUGUAAUUUGAAAAAUACAUUUAAAAUCUAAUUUCCUUUAAAACAAGUGAAAUUUUAACGUAGUAAUUUCCAAAUGCAAAACAAACGAUGACUUAUUCUAUAUUUUUUUAUAGAUUUUUAACAUUUGUCCGUCAUUUCUAUUAAAAAGAGAAUUCACUAAACUUUAAUUGUAGCUGCGAAUUACUUGCCCCCUCGAUCUGCUUUGUCUUAAAUCAAUAAAUUUGUGCAGCAUUCUCAGGCUUGCUCCAAUUUUGCAUCUCCGCUCUGCUGCACAGAGCUGCGCUGUGCACUCUAAUCCUGAUGCGUAACGGCACAUUGAAUAAGGGGUGUUAAGCAACAGACAACCAUAGACGAUUUAAACCUCUAAUAUUAAAGUGAUGUUAGCAGACUUUCUGUACAUGAUUUUCAGAUCAGCCAAAAGUGGAACUGUUAGAACUGUCAGUUUGUAAAAAUACUUUAUUAGGAUGAACACAUCUCUGCAUCUCUGCACUGUGAUAUACUCAAAAUGUGCAUGGCUUUUAAUAAAUUAUGUUUUUUUGUUUUUUUUUAUGAUUUGCACAGAAAGGGGCAUAUUUUCAAUUUCCAGAUUAAUGCAUAAUGAUACAAACAACACUUGUGCAGUGGCUUCUUGCUUAUUGUGGUGCAUUUAACCUUUUGUGCCUGUGAAUUAAAAGGCGUGUUUCUGUCUCAUAGUCUCAGGCUUAGUUGCACAAAAGUUGCACAAUUUUUGUAAAUCAGGCUCAUGGAUUAGAAAAUAAGUGUAUAGUGGACAGAGUUCAGUUUGUGUUCUUGUCCCGUGUCAGGUUCUUUUGUGUUUCUGUAUCUACUAAAGUUGUCAGUCUGGGUGUUCGGUUUGAGUGAUCAGAGUGCGAACACGGAUAGUUUUCUAAUCUUUCUAGUCUUUUUGGCACAAAGUCCUGAGAGGGAUAUAAAACAAUACAGAUUGUUCAGCUUUGCAGCAUUUAACGACUGGUUAGCCCUUGUUUUGGCGUUAUCCAAUCCUGAUUGCUGGCUCAACUUCCAUCCCCGAUGAAGUCUGUAAAAUCAGCUUUUUCCCUGAAAAAAUAUGAGCAUGCUGAAACUGAGGCAGUCUCCAGGAUAGUUUGAAAGACAAAUGAGUAGCAGGGGAGUGAAAAAUGCAAAGCAGAUGUUUUUCCCACCGUUUUUAAUGGCAGCGAGACAUUACUGAUGCCAUUACAGAGACCUUUUAUGGCUUCUUUUAAUCCCCUGGCCUGCCUGAGGAAAGAAACCCCUUGUGGUGCAAAGUAGCCUCUUUACUUCAGAACGACAAUUUGAACCCAUUUCCAACUCACUUCCCUAAUCUGCCACGGGGUUUUACAUGGCUUCCUCUGUAAUUAUUCUGCUCUGAAAUCAAAGGUAAAGAGGCAUUAAAAUACACCUCUUAGGUAAACAUAUGCUGCUCAUCAGGUAGGGCUCGGCUCAAAGUGUCUUCUGUAACAAAUACUUUCAAAACACUGCGGCUCGCUCGCACUUUUCCCCCCUCCCCGCCGCAGCUUAUUUCUGGUCAUUUGGUUCACAUUUUCAAACAAAGCAAUCACUGAUAAUGCGAUCAGAUAGCUACUCUCAAACUCGACUUUCUCGCUGGGAGAUCUGGAUUUACAUGCAGUGCAGCGUUCACUGUCUGCUUCCUGCAUCAGACCAACCUGUAAGGCUCGGGGGGGCACUUACAGGGGUCUGGUUAGGGGCUGAAAAUGAGGAGGAGAUGAACUAUAUGGCUCCAUCCCACAGUCCGGCUGACAGUAUAUCAGCGGAAUCGCAGCCGCAUGGGCGUGUGUGUGAACGCUCCACUCAUAAAUAUCCCCGCCAACCCCCCACUCCUCGCCCCCCCUCUCACACCACCCCAAAGGGGCCUCUCUGAUGGUGAUGGCGAAAGGAUGUCGCUGUCUGGGUGAUUGAGUGCUGCUGGUCCUGGCCCUGGGCACAUCCCUGCGCUCUGAGCCCAAGUGGGAGGCCUACCGCUGAGCGCCGGGCCUGGAGGGACGAGCCUGAAGGCGAGCAGCCGCACAGCAGCAGGAUGUGCCUCCCCCGUCUGUCUCCCCACCACAAGAACACCAACUUAGUAAAACUGUAACAGACAAUAGAGGGGAGGGGAGGAGAUUCAGCAGUGCUGUCAUUUCUUCUGUUGCAGAAUUACUAUUAUCCACCGCACGGUAAUUCUGCUGCUACAAAUGGAAGUUUUUUGGACUUCAAUGAUAACGAUAUUUCUUUUACAGUGUUUUAGAUGAAGCCAAAGUUAAUUUUGUUUUGGUGAAUCCAGCAGGUAUGAGCAUAAAAUGAGAGAGGAUGUGUGGUCUUAACAGAAACCCUCCAACAGUCAAUGUAGGUAUCAGAAAGUAUCUGUCAAAUAUGUCCUAGAGUUCGAUUAUCAGUAUGGCUAAUGAUCAGGGCCGAUAUUUGGUAAUUAUGCUGCGUUCGAGUUCGGAUUUUGGAGCUGAAAAUGAUGUGACACCCAAGUUCCCACAGUUUCAGUUACCAAGUCAAGAAAAAGCAAAAUCGGAGGCUGAAACAAGAUGGCUACAUCUACGAAAGUUAUUUUAGCGCUUGCCUUGUCCGAAUAUAUUGCAAGCGCUAAAAUAACUUUUGUAGAUGUAGCCACCUUGUUUUCGCCUCCGAUUUAGCUUUUUUGGGACUAAGUCGAACGCACCAUUAGUCUAUUAUCUGUAUCAACCUUUUAUUUUACAGAUGGUUGAAAAAGUCGACUAAUCCCACCCACAACUUGAUCUGACUGGCUAAAUGUCUCACAACCCAAAGGUGCAACUUUACCAUCAUUAUCGAUAUCAGAGUUGGUAUCAGUAUUGAACAUUUGCUGUUUAUAAAGUGGACAGUCUGGCUUUAUUUCCACCAAAUGUCAGAUAUGAAAUCAGGAAACUGUUGAUGUGAUGCUUGGAUGGGAUCUGGUCAGUAGACAUUAUAUCAUUUCCUCAAACUAAAACACCGAUAAAAUGUCUCGCUGAUUAAAUGUCCGAGCUGGGGGCAGAUUUCUGUUGAUUUGAAGCAGACACUGACAGUUUCGUAAAGUUCAGGGAGUCUUUGUUUUCUCUCACGUUUUACAGCAGAGCUGUCAAUCGAUCAGUCAUCUUUUUAAAAUCAGAUUACUAAAAUUAAACCUCGUAGAAAAAUAGAAAAACAAAUAUUUAAGGUGUAUUGUAAUUCUGUUUUCUGUCACCUGCUCCAUCUGUGAUAAUGAAGGGGUUAUACUGCAGCCAGUCAGCAGGGGGAGCUCUCAAUCUUCUGGCUUCACAGUGUCUUCUAUUUUAAUGUACAAUUUAUCAUAUCGGCCAAAAUGAGUUUGGAAAUAUCGGCAUAUAGAUGUUGGCUAAAAAUCAGUCUGCCUCUUGACUAAAUGUUAAAGAAAUAAAACGACUUUAUUUAAAACAGAUUUCAUUGAUUUUAUUUCAGUUUUUUUUCUAAUUUGCUGUUAAAAGAAGGUUCUUUAUCGACAUAGUUUUUUAAAACUCAAAAUGUUAAAACAAUAUUGGCUGAAGUGUCAUGUCGAAGAAGUAGAGAUAGGCCGAUAAAUUGUACCGAUAAAUGGCAUUUUGACAAAACCUAAUAUCAGCAUUGGCCCACACAAAGCCAAUAUCGUGAUUAUCUUCUCUGAAUGAAAAUACAUUUUUCCCAGUGACAGCAGUCAUUACUUUCUUUUUCUUUAUUUUCAUUUUUUGCCAUUUUUAUCUUUAUUUCACUCAAGUUCAACAACAACAGUGUGAUAUCGGCAUUAUCUGUAUCGGCAUCACACUUUUUUUUACCCAGUUACAGCAGACAUGACUUUCUUUUUCUUUUUUUAGUUUAUUUUUGUCUCUUUAUUUCACUCAAGUUCAACAACAACAGUGUGAUAUCGGCAUUAUCCAUAUUGGUGUCAAAAAGCAGAUAUCUGUCGACCUCUAUACCACAGCACCAUCAGCUGUCUGGUUAUUAUUCAGGUGUAAAUUUAGCAGGAAGUUUCGAUUCGACUAGUUUCCAUCUCAAACUUCAAACUUUCAUUUGAUUUCUUUGAGCUGAAUUGAUGUGAGCUCGUCUUGUCUGAACUUGAACCUCAUCUUUCUCUGUCUUUGUCUUUCUCACUCAUUUCAAAAUCUACAAUAAUCAAGCCGCAGUAAUUAGCCUCACUUGCUUCUUUGUAAUUGGGGGCAGGAGGAGGUUGCUCAUGCUAUAUUUUCCUCCCCUGUUUGAUAAUUGCAGACUUUCGCGUGGCCUUUGUUUUAAUUUUUCUGAUCCUCCUAAGCUGGUUCCCAUAGAUGCCGCUGUUAUUUUUAAUGCGGUGGCUCUCGCUGCCUUUCAUCAGUCAUCCUGUGUUUCAAGAGAGAGAGAGAGGCAGCGAGAGAGGGGGGAGAGUUCAUUUCGGAAACCCACCGUCUAUUCCCUUUUUGGGUUUCAGCGCCGUCAGCCUUCCCCUUCAGCCUCCGCCAUGAGAGCCCUGACACUGUCCAGGUCCGUCCUACUUGGCAAGAGGGAGAGCGCUACAGAGAAAGGCAGAGUUUAUUUCCUGUUCUUGUGAAUCAUAUAUCAGUACAAUUCCCUUCUGUGCUGUUUGGCAACGGCGGAAUGACGGGUGUCAUUUAUCAUACGGACUGAAAGAGGCUGUGGGAAAAGGGAUUUGAAUUCUUCUGGAAGUGUGUGGACUCUCCUUAGUGGUGAAUCAUUAAACGGAGGAGUUUUUCAGCGGGGAUAUGAGUAACUCCUCGCGCUGGUACUUUGUUCCCUCCACUUUCUCCGACUGGCUCAAUCAUUAAACGUCUCAAAAAUAAGAUUUACUACUUUUAUAUAAAUUGUGAAGGGACAUGGCAUUUAACUUGUAAUUGGGGAUUUUGUCCUGCUGAAUCCAUUAAGUCUCCCCUCAGUCUUUGCGUCGCAUGCGAGCUCCCUGGUCAUGCUUUGCGAGAAUUAUACUUAAGCUAAUUUGAAUUUUACAAAUUUGAUUAGCGCUGCAUUUGUCAGCUUCUUGUUGUCCUGCUAAGUGAUGACAUUUCUAUCUCCACUGUACGGUUAUUUUCCGCUCCCGCUCAUGUUGACUGGUAUUUAAGAUUGUGCUUUAUAAACAUUUUGUGUUCCUUUGGAUUUCUCUUUUUCACUUGUCAAGGACGGUUACUAUUUCCCACACUUUGAGUCUUGUGAUCAAAGAAAAACGACUUUUGAUAGGCUGUCACCGGCUCCUCAGCUGCUCUGGCAGAAAUAAACGUGUCAAGCUUUAACUUAUCCUCACAAAAACAUACUCCUAACCCCUGCUGCUCUAAUUGAGUGUAACUCCCAGAAACCUGUGAACACACAUGCAAAACUGAGUGGAUCAUAAAUCAGGCUUCUAUAGACAGCCGCUGCCCCCUCCCACCCCUCUCAGAGCGUCCCCCCCAAAGGAACGACUGGUUUCCAUGAGCUGGCUGGAAAUCAACCUUUCCUUUAUGAUAUUUUCGUACCCACCAUCCGGACGUUUUUUUCUCUCUCUGGCGUUUUUUUCAUCUGAAAGUCGGUUGAAGUCCUCAUCAAAUAGCAAAGUGUCAAUAAGGCGUCGUAUAGGGAAAUGGGGCUCGGUGUGUUUCAGCUGUCAGCAACUGUUAGCUGUCUCUCAUGUGCAGAUCACAAAGUUAAAUGUGCUGUCAGCAAGUCCUCAGCUAGAAAUAGACGUGUUGAGGUUAGCCUGAGAAGCAGCCGCCACCCCCUGCUGCCCAGCAGAAUGUGGAUCCAUCAAACAAUGUGAACACAUUUCAAAUCAGAGCGUAAAAGGUGUAAUGAAGCGCAUUUUCAGGUUUGGAGGUGUUGGAAUCUGCCUCCAAACAAACUCAUCCGCUGCUUCUUUUGCUUGUCUCUAUCUGCAGAGCUGCAUUGAUAACACACAGGAUGUUAUUUGGCCAUAUUUAGCUCUCCAGCUUGACAUUCAUGCGCCGCAGAGGCCGGCGCUGCCUCGCCUCUUUGCACAGAGUUAUAUCUUGAUGUUUUCUGAACCUAAGCUUCAAGUGCGUGACCUCUCCCAGAGGCCCGGAGUCCCGGGCCGGUAUCUUGACAUGUUAGCCUGCCACCGCCUGCUAAAGCAGAGUGUAGAUGCCCCUGAGGUAAAUGAAAACAUUUGGUUCUUGCCAGACCUGUUCACAUCUCGGCUGGGCCACAUGAGCUGGCAGGUGACGCGUGUACAGAGGAGAAUCGGAGACCGCAGCGGUGGCCUACUUCUUUUCUUCCACACAAGCCACAACCCAGAAACACGGAUGAAUAUGUUCUUGGCUCAGAGAACACUCCAGUGAAACUGACAAAGACUGACCUCCAUCCAGGUGAAACUCAGCCUGGAUCUUACCUUUUUGUACUCGGGGAUCCGUUUCACUCACUUCCUGUGAUAGCACACAUUGUAAUCAAAAACCUGAACUCUUACUGGAUGUAUUUGUCUCAGGUAAGAGGGUGAAUUAGGGCUGAGCGACAGAACAAAUAAUAUAUUUAACAUGAAACAAUUCUGUAGAAGUUUGAUCAGUUUCAAUCUGUCAUUACGCUGGGAAAGGGGGCGACUUAAAUACUAGUUUCUGUUUAGUAUUCAUCAGAAGAAGAAGUUGAUGGAGAGCCAAUCGUAUUGCAGGGUUAAAGUAGGCAAACUCACAGAUGUUUGGAGCAGAACUGAACAAAAACGGCCAAAAUAAACGACAAUAACACCUAAGAAAACACAGAGCCGAGCAGCUAAUGCAGUGUGAAACUUUGCCGACUAAAACAAUCUCUUAAUUAUACGAGUUUGGGGAUUUUUUGACUGUUAGGAAACUGUGCUGUAAAUGUGGCGAGAUGAGUAACCCCCAAAAUCCUUUGCUGUGUCGUGAUUUGAAACAAUAUCACUCAAGAAAGAAAUUACAGUCCCAAAGAAGUGGACUCCUUUAGCAGCAAACUCUCAUAUUAAUGAUCAAAAACAAAGAAAAGUAAAAAAAAUGAAUAAAGUAAAAAGGAAGAGAGACUUAUUAUGAUGAUGAUGUGGCGUAUUUUACUGCAAACAGCACGCUAAAGUUCUUAGAUUUUAAAGAAAUUGUGAUUUGGCUUCUCUUAUGAUAAAUGUUUGUUUUAACUGACAUGAAAAAAUGGUAACACUUUACAAUAACCAUAAUUUACCAGUUAUUAAUGGCAAAUAGAAAGUUUAUUCAUGUAAGUUAAUAUAAUUUUUAUUGAUUCUUAAUGGACUAUUUAUUAAAGGUUUAUAUAGGGUUUAAAUAUUGUUUGUAAAACAUCCAGAUUAAAAUAUGUGUCAGUAGCACUUUGUAAAUAGUUAAUAUUUGGUUUUAAACCACCUAUAAACAUGACUUGGAUGGUUAUUGUAAAGUUAGGUUUUUAUAAUUGUAACAUGUACAAUUUAUUAAUGGUCUAUAUGCUGUUUAUAAAUGAUGAUUAAAAAUUAAUAAUAUAAAAGGUCUAUUUACCAUUUACAAGUUAUAAUAAAGUGUUACCGAAAAAUUUUAUUAUAACAUUUUUGGCUAUAUCGUCCAGCCCUAUCUGGAGUAUUUAGUGAUAUCUGUGUGUCAGUUGAAAACGCUACCUCGCUCACCCCGCCCAUCUGUAAGGUGACGGUGGCCUCUAAGGACAAAAAGCUCUUAUUAACCUCCAUUUUUCAAUUUUUUUGACCAUCAGACCUGAUUUUGUUGCAACAACACACGUUUGUUCACCUAAAUGUGUACAUUAGUAGUUUGUCCAUUCUGUGUUACCAUAGAAACAUGGCGCUGCAAGAUGGCGGCUUCUGCAGAAGUUAAUCUACUUCCAUGGAGAUAUAAAAGUUUUAUUGUAAGUGACCAAAAACAAACAGAUGUAAAUAUUUACAUGAUUAUACGCUGACGUAAACACACAAAUAAUUUGCUGAAUGCUGCGUUGCAAGUUAUUUUGGAAAUAAGAUUUAUUUUAGAACAGUGUAAAGAAAUAGUUUUAUUGUAAAUUAGAUAAAUACAUUAAGUUGAUUUUUAGCUUCGUCACAAAUGCUCCUUUUCAGUUAAUUCAGUAAAGUUUUCCUUUCAGCGGCGGCGGUGCGUUCCUGAUCACCCUCUCCUUUUUUUUUUUUAAUCUAGUAAUUUUCAGAAAUAGACUUGACACGGUGUCACCGUCUCAUAUCAACAUCUGCAAUUACCCGACAGUCCUCAUUCAGGUCCCAUGGGGAAGGAUGAUUGCAAUUAAAAGCGCGGGGCAAAUGUUAAUUAAGUAAACUACUUGAAACUGGAAACAGCGCAUGUUUAAAAUGUUUUUACUUUUAACCUUGCUCUUCUCUUUCACUCCCAUUUAAAUAUAUAUUUAUGAGUUCUUUUUACGCCGUAGUUAAGGACCAAAUAUUUACUACGCAUUCGGCUAAUUAAAUGUAUCAUGAAUGUUGAACUAAAGGAGUAAUUUGCCGCUCCGUAUUGAGCUUCUUUAACACGUCCUGCUUUAGUUAAAUGUGGGGAUGUUCUCCACUCCACUAGCAGACUGGUGGUGGGUAACACUGCAGUUCAUGGGGUUAUUAAAUCAGAGGGAAUAACAGGCCAACUUCUGGCCAUUGUGGUGAUUGAUGAGCUCGGCUUUAUUUGCUGAGGCGGUGUGUUUGUUCCUGUGUAAUUGUCUACCAGAUGGCUAAGCUAACUGUUCUUAAAUGCCUUCAGACCUGCAGGGGUCCCGGGUCUUAACAUUUUCCCUGCUAAUGACAUUACGCCUGCAAACAUUGUGCCUUUUUUCCCUCCUCCUUCCUUUACUUUUCUGAUCUCUAAUACUCAGAAUCAAAAUGGCUUUGUGAGGCGUUUAGUUCAAAUUAUUUUCUCUGUGCGAUUCUGUUUUUAAUUUGUUCAAAGUGGAUGUUUUGAAGUCACUCUGCUGGUAAACUCCUUUGUGAAAAUGAGCCCACUCGAAUUUGAAGGGAGAUGAGAAAGAGACAGAGGAUGGAGGGAGGAAGGGAGGGAGGGAGCGAGGGAGGGGGGUAGGACUCCACUCUACCUGUGAGGAGUCAGAUUGGAGGAGAAAAUGGAUCUAGGUGGCAGUGCGAGUCAUCAAUCACAGCCCCUCAAGGGGAGCUGCAGCUAAAGCUGCUCUGAAGUGCUAUCUGUCAGCUGCUCCGAUCCAGCCGGGGGACCAGAGAGGGGCCGUAUCGCCACCCAUCAGCUCAUACCCAGCACACAACUGCCAUGUAAACAUGUGCAGGUGCUGCUGUCAAAAUAACCCUGUCCCAGUUCACGAGGUCGCGCAUAUUUUCGCUAACGGUCAUCUUCCUCCUCCUCUUUCUUCUUCUCCUCUUUUGGAGAAUAUCUCCGGAUGCUGCACUUCCUCUAAUAGCUUUUUGAUUGUUAACGGUGUUGGGUGGUUUAUUGUAAUUUAAAAGUGAGUGUACUGUGUUUCUGUCCCUCCCAUCCCGAUCCUGAAUAAAGCCACCAAGUGCUUCUCCGCCGAUGUCGAGCCGCGUCUGUCGAUACCUCUCAAGAUGGAUAGUUGUUCUGCAUGCUUAUUGAUUCGGCACAGGCCAGAGAUAUAAGUAUCAUUUGUCAUUUCUGGAAUUAUUUGGAGUCCUAGUUAAAACCCAGAGUGGUGGGGGGAGAUGGCCGUGCCUUGGGGGGGUUGGUACUUGGUGGGGGAGUAGCGAGUUGUCUGGGCUUUGAUGAAUGACUGCACGGGUUUUUGGUUUUUACUGCGAGCGCCGGGGCCCUUUAGCUGCUAUUUGCUUUCACCAUGGUCCAAGAAAAACAAUACGAUGGGUCCAAGGACUGAGCAGCAUCGUCCUGUCAUGUAGUGGAUCACGGCGAGCAGGGUGGUCCGGGGCAGAAGAGUCUGGAGGAGGGUGGGCUUUGGACACUACAAGCUGCUCCUCCAAAAGACCCGGUGGGAUGUAAGCCGUCCUGCUGCUCUGUGGUCCCAGCUGACGGCCUCCAACACAUGCUAUGAAUUUGAAUAUUUAGCAUUCAGGAUCUAAAGAGUAACGACAAACAGAUUUUUCUUGUUUUUCGUUUUAAAAAAGGGGCGCAAGAGGCGAAGAGGAGGGCUGUUGUUUGGUAACAGAAGCUCCAGAGUAUCCCCUGUGACUUUGAUUAUGUCCUGUUUUGGGCUCGAGGCCAGCAGCAGCAGCAGCAGCAGCAGCAGAACUGGCUUCAUUACAGUAUGGAUCAUCUUUUAAGACCAUUUAAGAUCAACGAGAGCCGUUGUCCAUUAACGACCGAGACUCCGAGAAGUUCAUUACGCUCAAACUCUUUGAUUCAUUCAGCCGAGAGCCGUCACUCUCUCUCUCUCUCUUUCUCUCUCUCUCCAUCAGUGUGUUUUAUUUUUUAUUUUCUCUUUCCCUUUCUGACUCGGAUUGUUUCAUUUCUUUUCAAAAGUGCGACAUGAAAGUUGACUCUGAGCGUUCUGGAGUUUGCCGAGGUAAAAAGUGUUUAACAGAGGAACAUGUUUAACAGCAACAAAAGAGGGAAGAGAAGAGGAACCUCAGACACAUGAAUGACAAGUAAUUAUUUCCCUUGUCCAUCAAACUGUGUUUUGAUGCAAGGAUGCGAUCAAACAUGAUAUUAACAACUUCAAGCCUUCAAAUGAAAAUGAUUCUCAAAUCGUGCCAUGCCUGACUGUGAGCUUUUUCUGCUGCAUGAAUCAUUUAUAAUCAUGCACACUCACACACAUGAGUACACACAUGAGCACACACACACACACACUCUGGGCAGGGCAGCUUUUUGCCUGACCGAUAUUAUUGCCACAGCUUUUCAGUGCUAGAUGACCAUUGUGGAUUCAUUUCCAUUCUAGCUUGCCAAAAUGUCUUCUCACAGCGGGAGAGGGUUGAGAGAGAGCGACAGCGACAGCUUUGUGUGUCUUUUCAGUUUUUAUGUUGGUGGAUCUCCCCGAACGCAGCGGGCUGACCGGCUGCCCCUGAACUCGCCGCGCAGACGUCAAACAGGACGAUGCGCCGAGCUCUGCUGUACUUUCAGCGCUCGUCCUUCCUCACAUGGGCAGGGCGACUUGCCACGAGGACUCUAAAAAUACUGUAUCCCAGCGGUUCAAAAACUUUUUCUAUAAUGUACUUCCUAUAAAACCACAGCUGAGAAACUUAUAUAAAGAGGUUCAAUCCAGAGCCGCGUAUCAGGACAAAGACGGGCAAAGUUUUAAUUUUGAACUGUGAUCAAUCCCUGAAUUUUGAUACUCGAUUAAUCACGAUUAAUCUCAUUUUCAAUCGCAUCUUUAAGUUUCCUUUAUUUGUGUUUCAAAACUGUUUUUGGUGACAAAUAAUCAUAGAAAAGUUACUUUGAAUUGCGAUUAAUCUCUGAAUUCUGAUACUCGAUUCAUCGUGGUUAAUCUCAUUUUUUAUUGCAUCUUUAAAUUGCCUUUUUUUGCCUUUCAAAACUGUUUUUAGUGACACAUAAUUGAAGUAAAGCUAAUUCAAAUUGUGAUUAAUCCCUGAAUUUUGAUACUCGAUUAAUCGCGAUUAAUCUCAUUUUUUAAUCGCAUCUUGAAGUUUCCUUUAUUUGUGUUUCAAAACUGUUUUUGGAGCCUUAUAAUGAAAGUAAAGCAAAUUAUGAAAUCCUCCGCAAUUUUGACUGACCUGCAGAGUAAGAGCUCCUCCAGCUCUCAAAAUGGGAUUUACGCCCAAAAGCUGCACCAGUACUAACUCUAACUUUACGUACUUAAGUGCAAUUUUAGUUAUAUUUAACACAAAGUCCACAUCACUUUGACUCUUCAAAUGAGCUAUCUGGGAGUUUUUUCAGAAGAUGUAAUGAUAAUAAUGUUGAGCUUUAUUUAGAGAAUGAAAAUUGAGAUUAAUAGACAAGAAAUUGUCAUAGAAGACAAGAAGAUAAUCGGUCAACAGGAAUAAGUUAAAACUCGAGAAAAGGUGAAACUCAAACCAUAUACAUUCGACUAAAAUAAGUUAAAGCUCAGUUUAGUAAAGUCAUGUUGUCAUUUACCAUCACAACAGCAGCAGGAAGCAGGAAGACACUGCAGUGGCUUAAGUACGGAGAGCCUCAAGGGACAAAAUAAACGAGAUUUAAAAACCAACUCAGUCAAAUAUGUUUUGAAACAUUUUCUUUGUGAUAUAUAUAUAUAAUAUAUUUCACUAACUUGAUUUUUCAGAUUUCCUGCUGUACUGUUGGUGUGUAAUUUAGAAAAUAAAUUAUAUUCUGGGCGCGAGUUUACUUCGGUUAAAAGAGCGGACGUGUCAAAAUAUCAAAAUAAAGCAAAAAGGCCCAAAAUACAGUUUUAAAAAUGUUUAUUAUCCAUAUAAGCGUUAUGCAAAUUCAAAAUGUUGUCACGACCGAUCACAACCUGCACACUUGAAGACUGCAUUAGGAAGUGAUUCUUUAGUAUAAAAACGUAGAUUUACUAGUUUUGUCAAAUUUGCCUUGUUGCAAAUGUUACAGGAUGGAUAUUGUAUUUUCUAAAUUCACAUAAUUAAUCUCAAGAACCUCCUGCAGUUCUCCAAACGCCCUCUGGGGUCAGUAGUACCCCCUUGUAUCCUAAAGAAUCCCCUCCUAAACAUGCUGCUGCGAUUCCUCUCAGAGAUUUCUAAACCGGGUUAAAAAAAAAAAAGGGGGAAAGUUUGAAUAAUUAAAAAAAAGAUCCAUAUACUUUCUUUAAAGUGUUCAUCUAAAAUGCAUGCCUGCUACUAUAGUGCACCAUAAAAGGGGGCAUUUGCAUUAGUAGGGCAGUCUUCUCCAUUUUGUUUGCCCGAGCAGCGAGAGGACAGACAACAGAGGCCGGCUUAAUCCCUUUGGAGAACUAGUGCAUGAAUUGAUACAUCCUCCUCUCUCUCCCUCCAUCUCUUUCUCCCUCUCUCCUCCUGCUAAUGUCUUUCCUAGAACUUGAACAAACAGCCUGUGCGUGUAGGACACAUAAGACAGAUGUUUAGGAUUACUUUCACCUCAUUGCUCUAUUGUGUGCACUUUAAGGGAGCUCAGCUGAUGUGGAAUGCCACUCAUUCAGGGCUCUCGGCUCCUACAGGGCUCCUCCUGUUUAUCGAAGUGCCAUCUGCACUCAAGACGGAACAACACAAUUUUUAAAAAGCAAGAUGGAGUCGGAGAAAACCUAAUAUCCCUCUCAUGCUACAUAUUUAAUGCCGUUUUUAAAGGUUAAAACCAGCAUGCUAACCUCUGUAACAGAAGACGGUUUGUGUUUAGAUUCUGCCAGCUCAUGCGUACAUGACGCUCAAAUCCCUAUUUGUUAUUUUUGCCCUUAAAGAAAUAAAGCCGGCCUCUUUCUCCCCCGUCUCCUGCUCGUCUCGGUUUAUGUGUGCGUGUUUACAGAUGUAGAAACAAAUGGGCCAGAGCCACAUUGAUAUUGUUGAGGGGUGACAUUAUCUUUUAGCAGAGCACUUAUCUAAUCUGGCUGCUGUGGGAAGCUGGAGGAAGUGGCUACGGGACAGGGGCCGGGGAUACUGCAUCUUUAAUUACCAUUGAUAUCGCAAUAGAGGAGAGGGGAGGGUGGAGGGUGGAGGGGGGAGAGCUGUGCCUGUAGGGGGAGGGGGAGGGAGAGAGGGAGAAGACCCGUGUUCACUUUUUAAUUAAGGCUCCGUAGUGUAACUCGUCAAUGUACAUUAUUGGAAGAAUGAACGUCAAUGCCAUUGCUUUUUCUCCCCCUCCUUUAUCUCUGUCAAUGAUUCAAAGACAUGAUUUAUGGUUCGUCUCCGUCUUUCAGGAUCAUCCAUCAAGCGCUGGCUCUGCCGCAGCGCCACCCGUUGUAAAUCAUUCUGAAAGCCUGUCACUCAUUUCCAUUAACCGUUCCUCUGUCGCUCUGGUCUCCGCCUCCCUCAACCUCCUUUUUCUCCCCCCCUCCUCCUCCUCCUCAUCACCCUCCUCCACCUCCCUCCUCCCCCUCGGUGCACAACCUACAGCCACGCAGGGUAUCAGUUCCGUUCCGCUGCUCCGUCCGCCUACCUUCUUUUCAAUAAAUUAACCACUUUCUCCCAUGCAAUGAAUAAAAAGGCUCUGCACUCGUCUUGCAGUCGGCACCUACUCCUCCUCCAUUACAGCUGAACACCUUACAAAUGUCACGCCGCUGACUCGUGGGCUAAAUGAGGAUGUAGCGCAGAGAAAAUAUUUUUGUUGCGCUGACUUUUGCAGGAGAAAUGUUUGAACAGCCUGGGAGUGUUUGCAGUGUGUUAAUGAACGUAUACGCCAUGAGCAGGCUGGGUUUAUUAUGGAGCUUUAAGUGUAGAGGAGGUGGCAAAAAUUUUACAUACUCUAUUAAUAAUACUUAGAAUUAUUAUAAUAAUCAAGAGGACAAAUAUAAAAGGAGAGCGAAUGACAUAGGAAGACAUACCAAUUAAAAGAUUAAAAGGCUGAUAUAGAAAGAUUUAAGAGAAAUAAAAUAAAAGCAUGUUUUAGAAGAUGUUUUAAAUAGGCUAAAUAAGUAAAGCACUGUGAAUUGCCUGCAGAAAUAACGUCCAGACAAAAGCGAGUCAUAAGAAGAUAUCAAUGUAGCGAUCAGGAGAUUCUCAGGUAAGCCGACCCACGACCGAGCAGCAAACACUCGUUCCCUUUACUUUUAAGUUUGAAGAAAGGAAAUUAAGUUGAUUUUUGACUGAAUCGUACAUGUCUUUUAAGGCCAGGCCAUGACAGGCUACCAAAGUAAAGAGUUAAACCUUAAACUUAAGAGUGAAGAGGAGACGGUGUAAGGUCUCUUUUCUUGGUUUAAGCUGAAAUUUCCCCAGUUUGAAGGAAAUCUGAACACACAGUUACAAAAACUAAACAAUAAUGAAGAAUUCAUUCUUAUUACUUUAAAAUCACAGGGAUAAGAUACGCACUCUUUACUCAGUUGGAAAUACCAAAUUUGGUGUUGCUCGUAAACCGCCUCAUAUACACAGACUGACGUGUCAAAUUAAGGCCAAAAAAUCCCCAAAUUUAAUCUUAAUCCUGGUUUUAACAGCUGAUCUUAUUUACUGUAGGACUUUUGUCAAUUUGUGCAAAAACAGAAAAAAAAAAUUUGUCAGAACCAUUCAUGAAUUGUGCUUGUUGUAAAAUUUUCCAUCCAUCAUGAUGUAAUUUUAGACCAGCGCCACCAUGACUGGAUAACUAUGUUUGUAUGUUUCUGAAAAUUGGGGCUCCAAUCAAAAGUGACUCCAGGUUUCUGAUGUUUUAAUUAGUGGUCAAGACUGAUAAAAAGACUGUGUAUUUGUUACUCAUGAGACUGCAAACCAAAAUUUAGAACCAGUAUAAACUGACAGUAAAACAAAUUUGAAAUAUUACAAACACAAAACUGACGUUAAAUCAAAACUGAAAGGUUUAGUAUUAAAAUACAGGAGUUAGCAUUUCACCGACUUAACUUAAAGUGCACCCUGUUACACAGUAGUUUGACACGCAGCCAAUCAGAUAGUGUUUAGUAGUACACUCUAAAUAAACUCAUUCUUGGCUAUCUAUAAAAUACAGAUAAUUGCUAAAUAUUGGCCUCAGUUAUUACCCAGGUCUGAUAAUCAGUCUAGUUUUCUUUUACAUCGAGUGACAGAAAACAAAGAAGAGCUAAAUUGAAGAACAGUUUGGCUGGGUUUAACUUUAAUUUGACGAUGUUUAGUUUUUAUAAUAUCUGUUCGUCAGGUUUGAAAGGUUUUUAAGUAGUGUUUUCUACCAGGAGACAAAGCAGAGUGUCAUCAGCAUAGCAAUCAAAUAAAAUGUUGUAUUUUUUAACAUGUGGCCUGGUGGUAGCAUGUAGAGAGAGAAUAAAAUCGGCCCCAGUAUUGACCCCUGAGGGACUCCACGUCAUGUAAAAUCUCCAAACAGUAAAAUAGAAACCAUGUCAAAGCUGUUCCUGAUAUACCAACACUGUGCUGCUGCUGCAGCCUGGGUUGUUAUGAAAGUCCAAAUACUCAGGUUAGACUGCUCACAGUUAUCCUUUUACGCAGUCAUUCAGACAGUAGGACUGUAUUCAGGUUUAACAGUUAAUGGAAACAAUAUUAUGUGUGUAAUUAUUCCUCGUAGUAAAAGCUGCACUAAGUGGGCAGUGCUGCCAUUAAAGAGUGUUCUGUAAAUUCUACCACUGGUUCAAUUCAGACACUCUAACAAUGACUGGAGUCUUUAACCAGUUUUUAUAGAAGCAGGUCUUAUGAACAGAAAUAAUUGGCUCAAUGGAGUGACUGUCAAUCUCGUACAAUGGUUGAUGUGGCUGCUCUGGGGAGCCCAAUUCACUGCCUCCUUUUUUCAUUCUAAUCAACAUCGAGAUAUCAACACAGCAGAAUACCCACAAACAGCAGAAAGCCUGUUUUGAGGGGAAACUUUCAACUACUCGGUGCCAACACAUUUCACUAUUUGGGCAGCCAUUGUUCUCCGAAUGGGCUGUCAAAGUGACAACGCACACCAGGCAAAUCCAGAAGUUUGCACUUUUCAGAAAACAGCAGGGCCUAAUCAUUUCAUGGAGGACACUUGACAACAAAUUUGCCAUUAAAAUGAAUCUGAAUAGGAGGGAGCGGGGCUGUUUUUGAAGCGUUUCUGCCUCUCGUACUGUUGCUCGCCUUGUCCCACUGAGCUGCAGGUUUGGCGGGCCCGCUUCUCCCCCUUUAAGCUUGCCACGAAGCCGCCUUUGGUCCCACUAGAAUCUGACAGUAGCACGCUUCAGCUGCAAAUUCACUCUGUAGCCUCAUUGUAUUUAAUGAAGGGAAAAAGUGGCAAUCUACUAUUAAUGAACUUGGAAUGUAAAAAAAUGCCUCCCUUUGCUGAAAACUGUGUAAAACUGCUUGUACAAGGAAAGCUUUGGCUGGAGCCCAUCCAGCGUCUAAUGAAAGAUCCAUACAGGGACAGAGCGGGCGGGAGGAGUUAGUGAAAUGCAGAUUGUUUUAAUAGAAUACACACAGGCUCCUCCAGCUGCACUAUCAGAUUCAUCACAGCCUGACCUUGAUGGAGGGCUGUUGUUGUUUGGGAGGGCCGGUGUUUAGGGUUCAUGCAAAGUUUAUGAUGCAGGGACUGUAUGUACUGUAUAUACGUCUGCUCAUCUCAGGGGAAGACUAAAUGGAGCACAGUCCACAGAGCAAAGAGUGACGGAGAUGUGCCUGUGGCUGCUUGGGCUGAUAAUAUUAUAUCAGGGAAUAACUCGGGGUGUGGAUAAAAAUAAUACUACCAAGUAUCGUGACAUUUUGCAUGGCAAUAUUGUAUUACUUCACAUGAGCAGAGCAUGGAUUUUAUUUGAUCUAUUUUGUUGUUAAGGGAAAACACAAAUCAUGUUUCUCUGUCCUGGAAAGAUAGAAAUGACUUUUUUUCCCCCUCUUGAGGUCAGUGGGAUUUGUUCCAGCUGUGUUCUAACAAGCAGGAAACAUGAUUAUAUUUUAUGGGCUGUCUUUUUAUACAAGCUGCAUUAUUCAAAAUACUCAUAAAGGUUCAAAGUUCCUUAUUAUCAUGUGUAAUGCAAGAAAAAAUAAGAUGCAACAAGAUUAAACCAUAUUAUUAAUAAAAGGAGGCAGCAACAUACUCUGGAAGAUAGACAUAAAAAGCCAGACAUUAUAAAAUUGGCGAUUUAUCUUUUUAAUCGCGAUUAAUCGCUGAAUCUUGAUAAUCGUGAUUAAUCGUAUUUUUAGUUGCUUGUUUAAAAUUUCAUACUUUUGCAUUUUAAAAGAUUUAAAGUUAAAAUUACUGUUGUCUUAACACGAGAAUCAGAUAAAUCCAAUAAAUGAUCUUGACUCCUGGUACUUUGACAUGAAGUCUUUAUUACUUCUGACUUUUCUACUUAGCUGUCUUGGAGUCUUUUAGAGUGAAAUGUGCCAUUAAAAAGAACUGCUGUUGUUAUUUUCUAUAAUGGUGGCGGCAAGAAGCAAGAGGAUACUGCAGCAGCCUCCCCUACAGUGAGCAGCAAGGGACAAAAAAGCACAUUUCUGACCUUAAUUGCAUUAUGAAUAAUGUGUUUUAGUUGGCAGCCCCACUUAAAAGUUUUAAAAGAAUCUUUAAGUGCAUUGACUAAGGCGUGUUUGGGUUUAAACUGUACAGCUGUUCUUGCACAUUUGCAAAACUUCAGGCAGGUUUGGACACUUAAGAUUUCUCAUUUUUAGUCAAUCAAAAUCCUAUUGUACCAUUUUUUAAGUGAUAUGAAGCAAACUUUAAAUAACUAAAUUAACAGAAAGACCCGCUUAUCUGCUAUGAUUACACCAAUUAACACCCUGACUAAAGUAUCACUUUAGUAUGUCAUAACCACGGUUUGCAAAGCGCUCCCUCGAGGACAAAAUUCCAGCUGAAAAUACUUGUGAAGAAUAAAAAAUAUAAAAAAAUAUGUAACUUAAAGCUCCUAUGAGGAGUUUUGGAGGUUUGCAAAACUGACUGAAAUUCAUGUUGAUGCCUUUUAAUGAUAAACAAAAGCAAACAAGACCAACAACAACAAGACUGGAAGUGUCUAUUACCCUGUUUUUAUCACCUGAAUCUGGUGUGAGGGGGUCAAAAACCAGCAGAUGGAGAUUUGUUGUCAUAAAAAGUUCCUUACAGGAGCUUUAAAUGCGGUUGAACUGGAUUGUAGAGUACAGUUGGUAGAGCAGUUGCUUCCUGUAUCAGUUGUAGUGCUCCUUACACUGGUUGAAGGAUCAAUUCCCAAUCUCAGCAGGAUUUGGUUCCCUCACUUUCAUCCCCAAAACAAAGGUUUGCUUGAGUACUGGGGGUGCAUUGUAUCACUCAGCCCCCAGAAAAAACACUUGAUAUCAUAAAGAAAUAAAUGUAAUAUCCACAAUGAUUUAUCCUGUGAUUAAUUAUGUUUUAAAAAUGGGAUAAAUGUUUAGAAAUUGUCCGACAAAGAUUGAAUCGGAAUAGAAAAGCUCUUUAUUUAGCCGGGCUAGUGGGCAUGAAAAACAAACAGCACGUCAGGCGGGUGGAGGCCAUCAUACCUUUCACUCAGUAUCUCAUAAAAGUAGAACAAAGGCCUUAUGUGUGCGAGGCAGUGGUCCUUUAAACGAUGGCCCACUUUCCUCCCCGCUGCCACGCAAACAUUCCUGACUGACAUUCAAUCAGGGAAAUUUGAACCAAAGCAAGAUGGUCUUUUAUUAGUACCGCCCUGUUUGCUCGACUGGUCAGCUCCAAUAUGCGGAGCGCUUUGAGUGGCACACUGUAAGAUGAUGGGUUCACUCUCUGAUAAGGGUGAAUGAGGGGUAAACUGCUAUUCUGCAGAAAGGAACCAUCAGACCUCAUCAUGUCGCUCCUGGAGAGCCGUGUCACGAGCUCUUCAGAAAGCGAGUGACAGAGCGGCUCGCGAGGAGGAGGCUGCUGCUGCUGCUGCUGCUCCUGCUGAUGCUCCCCUCCCGCUCGUGGUGGAGGAUACAGUGGAGCUAAAGCCGCCCCGCUUCUGCUCCGCCAACUGGAACUGUGCAUCAGUCAGGGCAGAAAUGAUCAUCUAUAAUCUGACAAAUAUACACCGAAGCUUUUAAGCCUCUCCACUUGUAACGUUAUCCUGCAUGCUCGCCAAAUUGUUUAUGUUUACCUUCUCUUGUUAGCAGAAGAGGGCAAAUAGGAGACAUGACGCUGUGUACAGUAUAUUUCCAUCUGUUUACACUAAACAGCGGGGUUCAGCUUACUCAGCGGACAGUAAUUUUAAGGGGUAGUUUACUAAAAAUCACCUCAAAUUUCUGCUUAUCUCUGGUAGUCCAUUCGGUUAGUUUUUCACAGCGUCUUCUCGUUUUCUUAACUGCUCUCUCAGCUGUGCAAGAAAUAUUAAUUCUAUUUACACCUUAAAAUAUCGUCGGAUAGAAGAACUUACAGGGAAAUAUGUGAUUAUUCUUUCAAAUGUGGUCAGAAAGAGUGAAACUAUCAAAGUUAAAUUUGCUUAUUUGUCAAAUUUUCCCUUAAAUCAGUUUAAAAAAACAGAAAAAUUUUCAGUGAUGCCUUCAAAAUCAAACAAGAUCAACAGGAACUAACUCUGUGUUCGAGUAACUUCGAAGUCAGGUGUCCGAGUUGGGAAUGACGUCACACCCAAGUUACCAAGUCAAAAUAACUUAAAAUAACUAAAAUAACUUUUGUAGAUGUAGCCAUCUUUUUUCCGCCUCCGAUUUUGCUUUUUUAUGACUUGGUAACUCGGGUGUGACGUCAUUCCCAGCUCAGACAAAUGACUCCUGAGGUAACUCGAACGCAGCGUAUGUUACUAUGUUUGUAUUGAAAUAUUAGACGCCUUUAAUCACUUCAAGGGGGUCACAUCUACCCCCGUGACACAUUUGAUUGUUAAAAAAAAGGGCAGGAUGACGUUAUUUGUUAAAAUAAAACUUGUAUAUUAAAUCAGUUUCUAUUUGUCCAGAGGGGGCACCAAAAGCAACUCAGACAGAAAGUCCCUCACAGGAGCUUUAAUCACAUUUUUACACUUAUUUUCUAAAUAUGAAGAGCCGUGGUUAUACGUUUACUAAAAUAUUAAAGUAAUCAAGCUGAAGUUCAGCCUCAACCUAAAAGAGGAAAUUUUAGAUAAAUCCAAAUACAAACUUGACAGUGUUGAUUCACAAUGACUGUUAAAGAAAAAGGCGAUCAGAAACAACAUUUAGUGAGGUGGACAAAGGAAGAUAUCAGGAAUGAUUUAAUUUAGUUAUGGAAAAUGUUAAAGCUGAACUUUUAGGAGAGUCAGUGGUAAAGUUAUGGUGAAGCUGAACUGGAAAAGCUUCAGGAAGCUUAUAAAAGUACAAACAGAUAGAUUUGUUUGUUUCUAAUGAUGUCCCUACUUUCUGAGUUGUAAAUCUUAAUUUAUGUGUAACUCAAUCAAUCUUAAUUAUGAGAUCAUGAUGGCAUUACUCAUCCCAGACUAAACCUUCUGUUUCCACACAAACUGCAUGUAAAGUGAACCUUUUAAAGCUAUUUCAGUUUACGUGUCAUAAAAAUCAUCACAAAAAUAUUCAAAGGAUUUAAAAUACUCAAUACUUAGUCGAGGCUCGUUUAACACAAAUCACGUUAUUAAGUUGUAGUUGGAAAUAUGGAGCUUUUACAUGAUACAUGCCCCUGUAUUUGUAUUUUCUAUUUCUUAUGCUUUUUUAAACCAGAUAUGAACUUAUUUCAUAUAUCUAAAAUCGGAAAAAAAAAUAUCUAAAAUUUAGUUGUUUUUUUUUUAAUUUCUAUUUCCUUUGGUUUUUUCUCCAAUAUAAAGUUAUUUUUAAAUAUAAAAUUGUAAAAAAAAAAAAUUUGCUUAAAUUAAAUAAAGUGAAUAAGGAAAUAAAACAUGCUUAAAAAAAAUUGCAAAAAUUCUGUCAAUCCCUUUAUAUUUCAGAAAAAUUGAAGACUCGACACUUGCACAAAAAAACCAACUAUAUUAAUUAAUCAAUCAGUCUGAUCUGGUUCGCUUAGCUGUAUCUUGUAGAUCGAUCCCUCCCUCUCUGUGUCUUUAAACCCCUUAAAUACCCCCCACUCUGUCCAUGUGUGAGAGAAAACAUGUUGUUCACAAACAGAACUGAAAUCAUCCACCUGUCCUCACGUAGCCGCUCUGCUCACACAGGAUGGCGAGGAUCUUGUGUAUAUUUUUUUCCUCCUCGCGGUGCUGAUAGGGGACCCUUCGGUGAGAUGCAACACCAGGCGACUGCAUGUGAUGCUGCGGCGGUGGCUGUGGCACGUUCAAAGUGAUGACUUAGGUGCUGGAGUGCAGAUUGCAAUGCUCUCCCACCGCUCACUUCCAAUUAGGCGGCGGGCCGACUGACGCGUCUCGGAGCAGAAGCUUCUAGUAGGCAUCAAAAGGAGCAACGUCUCUGGGUGACAUCAUGGAAGAGGAGAGGAGGAGGGGGGUCCUGGAGCUGUAGGCAGGGUGAUCUGAUGUGGCGCAUUAAAUAUCAUGAUUAGCAUCCGUGCAACAUGAAAAAACAGACUUUUCGAAAUCCGCACAUGCAUAAAAAUCUGAAUUCGGCUCAGACGGACCGCCUUCAGACCGUCUUUUCUGUUUGUUGAUUGUGCAUCUCAAACUUCUCUGUGUUUUUAGUUAACAGAAUGCUGCUUGUGAAAACAUUUUUGAUUAAUUGCCAUAAUUAUUGUGAUCAUUUUUGCCCAAAUGAACAGCCAGAUGGCAGGAUAUGGUGUCAUAUUUGCGAUCCUAUCAUAUUAAUCUGGCUGCGGGUCCAUCUGAACACAUUGUGCCGUUUUCUGUGUUCACAAUCUGUCCUCGAGUUGUCCGUGUCUUUUUUUGAGCUGGGAGUUUUUAUUUGAUUAUAUUAGACUAUUAAAUAUUAAAGCUGAGGGUGUAUGAAAGCAAGGCAUUUAUCUGCAUGAAUGGCUUGUGUUUAGUGAAGUAAGUAAUGCGCUUUAAGUAACAUCUCCGUCAUGCAUACAGAAAUUAACAUGAGUGUUUCAGUCGCUGGGUUUUGUCAGAGAGAGACUCAGAAAGAUCCGACAGACUGGCUCUGUAGGGGUUCAUGGCUGCUCUUAGACCUGAUUUGCAUCGUUGUGCGCGCCGCGAUGCUGUUAAUCUAAAUCUAAUGCAGCAUACGACGCGGUUUGGACUCAUUUUUUGGUUGUUACGCUCCUUUAUAGGCGUCUUUUAAAGGUGCAGGAAUGAAAUAAUGGGUCAGAUGGGAGCUAAUGACACAUCCCGACUUAAAAAGCGAGUCAAAAACUAUUUAAUUCUGUGAUAUCAAUUAACCUCCAGACAAAUUUCGUCAAAGCGAGCAGCCAGCCUGUGAUUGUUCUCUCUUUACUCUGCAGUGUCCUUGGGCUCGGGGAGACUGUUUCCUGUCAGGGAACAAUGAAGAGAGAGGUGUUUACAGAUCUUUACAGAUGGCUCCGGGGCGCAGAAUUAGCUCUUCACCAUUUCUCAUGUGAUUCGGUUCAGACUUAACUUCAGAUGUGUCAUCAAGACUAUCAUCAGGAAGUCUGACAAUGUUUCCGUUUGAUCUUGACGUGCUCUGCUCAGCGAGUUAGUCAGUUAUCACUGUCAAAUAUUAAACCUUGUGACAUGUGUGUGUCUCGUUCUAAUGAUAGCUCACUGAAGGAAAAUCGCUUCAUGGUGACUUUUAUAAACACGCCAUCCUGUUUCCAACUUUGCGAGCACAAAGGAGCUUCACAACUUUAAGAUUAUGUACUUUUUGAGUGACAUUUUCACACCUAUUUAUAACAACAGAUGAACGCGGUGACUAAGUGUUUUUUAGACACCAUUAAUUGGGCGCACAUGAGGGCGAAGACAGGAAGUAGAAACGGAUAAUUCUUUCUGAGACAGCUUGGAGAUUGUUCAAUGAUCCCGACCUGCGUUGUUAGCAUGUUCUCAGCCUCUCCAGCAGGCCUCUCUCUCUCUCUGUCUCUCUCUUUUUCUCUUUUUUUUCCCCUCCUCCUUUCUUUUUUUUCUUCCUCUACAUGGCAUAAAUCCGGGAGAUGAAAAUGUCAUGGAGCAGGUUCAUUUUGCAAAGAGGUUUUGAUUGCCAUGCGCGUGUAAUUGAUUGUUCCAAGGACAGGGGGAAAUCUAGAAAUGUCAUAACAGUCCUGCUUAGGUUGGUCCCACCACUAGGCAAUCAAUGGGAAGUAAAAAGAGAUAUUGAUUUGCGAGCAGCAAAAACUGUAGCUUGAGACAACCGGAGAGCGCUGGGGAAAGUGGCACAGACGUGCAGACCUGUCACUGGCACCUAUGAAUUACCCAAUCUCCUCUGAAGAUAGUGUUACCGCGGAUACUCUCAAAGUCCUGCGCUGGGUAUUGCAGCUGUCCAUUAGCUAAGCUCCUCAGGCUGCUAACUCUCCAUGGCUUGUCAGAUUAAUGAAGGAAAUGUUGUCGACCUUCCAGGGGAUAAAUGUUGAUGUUCUCAAAUUUUCAAAAGUUUCUGCGUCGGAAACGGGACGCUCUUUUACAGCUGGCACGCACGCUCUCCUGAAUGAUUGACACGUUCUGAAUGGCUCGCACGAAGGAGGGGGUCUGCUCUCCAUGAAGAUAUUAAUUCUUCAAGUAGUAAAUAUAUUGUCAUGUAAGCCUUUUGCAGCGAUCCAGCUGGACAGCAUGCUGCCAUGAAAGUAGCAGUAAAUGUAAUCUACUAUUUCCUAUGCAGUGAGCGGGUUUCUCUAGAUGUAAGGAGGGGGAAAAAAGGCUUUUGGCUCCGAAACAGGCUGCUGCUUCUGUAAAUCCAGGCCUGGCUAUGCCAAGAGUCUGUUCUAACGGAUAAAGGUUAUAAACAUUUCAACUGCCUGAUUUAUGAUGGACACCUCAGGUUUUUUGACCUUUGCAUAUCUCUGUCUGAAGAUAUAAAUUUGUAGUGACACAGAUUGGAGGCUUUACAGCAGUUUAUGACAUGCUAAAUCUCAGGCGAGGCAUGCCAGCCUCUUGUUUUCUGAGGCUAGUUAGGCAGGGAGUUGCCUUACUUGGACUCUAAAACAUCGUUUUGCUAUUUUUGUCUUGUAGUGAAAAAAAAGUGCCUGAAGAUAAGAUAAGAAGAUGCACUUUUAGUUCACACCAUGAAAACACUUUCACUUUGAAUCAGAAAGUUUAUCUUCACAAACUUGCUUUUCAUUUUACAGUUUAAUGACUUCUGUGUUAUAAAAUAUAAACAUUGUUUUAUUGCUCUUUAAAGCUCCUGUGAGGAGUUUUUUAAAAUCUAUAAAAAAGGCUGAAAUUCAAACUGAUGCUUGUUUAUGAUAUCCAAAGGCAAACAAAACCAGCAGCAACAUGAUUGAUGAUUAUUUUAAUGUUUAUUUUAAUGUUUAAACUGGUGUUAGGGGGUUAGGUGUCAGCCCUGCUCUUAUAAUUUCUUUGUAGAUCACAAUAAAUAAUUAAUUUGACACAUUUGAUAAAAUUAUUGUAUUAGAGUCAAGUAGAAAGUUUCUCACAGGAGCUUUAAGAGUGUAAAAAAUAUCAACAAAUCUUAAAAAUGUGUUUCCUUUUGAGGUGUUGGCUCUAAAAAAUAUCAUUUUUAAAUAAAAAUAAAUGUGGACGCAGAUAAAAGCGUUUUAGUUGCAUAAAAAAGCAUUUGCGCUUUUAUCUAACCGUAAUUUAAAAUCAGGAUGGAGAACAACUGCAGCAAAAAAUCAAAAUCCAACAACUUCAUGCAAGUUUGUGUAGAGGUAUUCCCACAUUAAAGCUCCUCUUAGGAACCCUCAGCUUGCUUCGAGUUUGGCGCCCCCUGUGGGCAAUAAUAUUUUCUUAUUUUUUAAACAGUCAUUUAAAUCCUGCUGACUUUUACUAGUCAAAUGUUUAAUUUUUUGUGAAUACUGUAAAAACAGGGCUGUUUCCUACCCCUCACUCUGCAUUUAGGCUUUAAAAUUAUGAUAUAAAAAUGAUCAGUCCUGUAGCUGAUGGUCUUUUUUGCCUUUGUGUAUCAUAAAAGACAAAAAAAUUGAAUUUCAGCCUCUUUAAUAAAUGUCAAAAAAACUCCUCACAGGAGCUUUAACUCUAUUAGAAAACAACACAAUCAGAAAAUACUGUCUUUUGUCUUUAUUUCUUCUUUCUUUUUUAACUUUGUAGAAAUUUGACUUUAGAUCUGUUUUUGUUGUUUCUAUCCUGCACUUUGGAAAUUUAUCAUACGUAUUUUUAAAAAGUAGUUUAUUGGAAAUUCGACAUCCUACUUUGAUUUUACGCCCGUUGUUUUGCUCAUAAACACUGAAAAAUAAACCAUUUUAUUGCGGUUGAUAGCAUCCUAACUGCUGAAACAUCAAAGUUUACUCUUCGUGUUGGGUGAAGUUGCGGCGUCGUCCUUGAAUCUGAUCUCGUAUGAAGAGUAAUGCGGUUUGGCAUGGCUGCACUACUGCGGUAGACCGAGAGCCGGCGAAGCGUCGUUACAAAUGGUGCGGGAAGUCGAGUUCGACCACGCGGGUAUCUCGGAGUGAUCCCAGCCAGAAGGUUAAUUGGUGCCUCUGGAUGUCUGCUUCUUGGGGCAUCUGAUGGGACCGAGAGAAACAGCGGGGAGGGCGGCUGUUAAUCUCCGUCAGUUAUAACCUCAAAAAUAAACGAUAAAAUACAAAAACUGCAUCAAAAUUGAAAUCUUAGUGCCGUGGAGUCGCACACUUAUCUUCUUAAUAGGCUUGGUGCGACCAAACUUCACAUAUCGGUGAUUUUAAGCCACAUCAAAUUUUCAAGAAGUAGCUCUCAUGCUGUGGUGUGAGCCAUUUCUAUCCAAACCAUUACCGGACUGGAAAAAUACCCAUCAUCCCACUUUGCCGCACGUUCCCUCCCAGUGCUGCACUUUUUUUUUAGUGACGACUUUGAAGAGAGAGGACAUCAACCGAGAGCUUGUCAUAGCCAUUGGUGUUCUCCUUCACUGUGAAUACUAUAUAUAAGACUAUAAAUAAAACAUACCUCUGUGCUCUUGACAACUCUCUCCCUCAGCAUCAAGGGUGUUUUGGAGGCCAUCACUGAUCUCGGUCGGCCAAUCAAAACACCCCUCUUGCGGUGAAUCAAGGUCACAGCACAUCGGGGCUCUCGGGUGCGAGUGUGCGAGCGUUAGAGUGUGUAUAUGUGUGUGUGCGAGGCUCUUGUUCACCAGGCCCCAUUCUCCAUGUUUGUUUUGAAAGUCCGAGUCCCAUCUCCAUCUCCGUCCAUUAGCUGGCAGGCAAUUCACCUCCAGGGUUUCUCUUGAGGCACUUGUGAAAUAUUGAUACAAAAAAAGUCUUAUUUUCAGACGGCGAAGACGGCGAAGACAUUCUAUGGGCCGCCCAGUGUGGGACUCCUGAGUGCUCGGCUUCAGCCAAGCCCUCAUGGAGUGCCCUCUAUUCAGAGAAGAAAUAUUAACCAGGAGAAAUGCACAAGUGCCUGAACAGGCCUGUUAUGUCCUAUUCAUAUUUAACUCCCAGCACAUCUGCCACGUCUCUCCCAAAAUGCACAUUUUCGAGGCGGAAAAUAUCUCCGAUAUGUGACAACACUGACAAACUGCAUUUAUGUCGGGAUGCCUUCAGAAAGAUACGCAAACGCUGGUUGUGAUAUUGUUGCGUGGGUUUUUUUUCCCCGGAUGGUUAGAUGUAAAAUAAUCUGAAACAGUCGUUGUCAGAGAGGACGCUUUAAUCUUUACGCAGCUGCGUUCAUAUCAUGCGGAGCGGACCCUGCAGCCACAUGCAACUCCCCUCUUUGCUGAGUCAGAGCUUCGUCUAAUUGGAUGAUGGGAAAUAUGUCAAUUAGAAAUACUGUUGUUUAAUUAUCUGUUAAUUGAAGCAAUAAUGUUUGUGCGCUAUGAGUGAGGAGACCGAACAGGUGAAUAAUGAAAGAAGUAAUUGCUGUUUAUGAGACUGUCAGGGAAAAUAUAACGAUGUGACAGAUUGCCAGUAAUUUUUUUGAUAUUUUUUUCAUAAUUGUCGAGUUUUAAUGCUGAUAAUUGAGCCGGAUUUCUCCGCCAACGUGAUUAACGUCUUCAUCAGCAUCAGCGUUCACAUCUGCAACUUAUUUUAUUUAGCUAAAUGUUUCCCCUCAAGUAUUGCUUUCUCAUCUUUUCAGUCAUGCCCUUUUAUUUAUUGAUGAAGCAAUGCGGGACAUUAAAACGUCCGAGUUUGUGUAAAGCCAUUCCUCACGUUUAGCUUGAGGGAAGCAGAGGUGCUACCAAGAGCAGAGAGCUUUCAUUUUCAUUGCAGUUUUGAGGCGUCCAUAAUCACUGUGGAAUAGGUCAUUUACAAUAACACUUAACAGGCCCCCAGAAGAAUCAAUUUCGUUUUGUCACUCAGCGGCCAAUGAUUGUUGUAAACAUCUCAACUUGAGGCCAGAAAAACCUUGGACACAGCACUAAGUCAAUGGCCUGUCGUGAAUCACAUGGCGCUGUUACACCAGCAGCAGUCUGUUAGUAAAGACAUUAUGUCCCGCUAUAGUCUCCGCUCUCUCAGGGCACAAAGCAGCCGCCAUUAUGUCGCCUUAAAUGGGCGCUGUGAAAGAAUAUGCAGCCCUAACAAAAAAAGAACAUGUCGGGACGCUGUAUGAAAUGUUAAUACGAAAAGAAUCACGCAUCGACAACAACAGAUCAAAAGUUCAAACUGGAAAAUGUUAUUUUCUCGUGAAAGUAUGAACUCAUGUCUGUGAGUUUUUGGAAACCAAGGAGAUCAGUGUCUGAUACAGGAUUUCAGCAGCUCAACAGUCCAGGGUUUCAGUCUUUGUACUCCUCUACUACAGAGCCAUGCUGUUGUCAUACAUGCAAAAUGUUGUAGAAUUAUAUAAGGCAUGUAUGUUACAGUGGUCCCCCUUUUCUUUAGAGUGAAGCAAAUAGUGUCCAAGAUGUCCAAAAAGAAAGUCAAAUCGAAUUAAUCUGUCAGUUCUCCACUUUACCUCGUUUUAAAGUCCCACUCUGAUAGUUUUUUUUACUCCUUAAAAUGUUCUCAGUGGUCUUUAAAUUGUGAUUAAGAAGUUUUUAGCCAAAAUCCCGUUACCUGUGUCAUUUUUAAGGGCUUUUCUUCUGCAGAGCUCCAGUAGACAGCGCUGCUCUGAACACUCGUCUUUAUGCUAGCUCGUAGCCUAACAUUGCCGGUGUAGUAGAAGUAGCAGGUAACACAGGAGCUAUUCAGCUCUCGGACACUAAUGUCUUUGGGGACAUGAUUAAAGUUAAUAAUAAUUAGCUUUCUAAUUAGCUUUUUUACGAGCGCUGCAGUCCGCUAACACACACGCUUGUUCUGUGAUCGUCCUCUCUACUUCUCCAAGUCUGGCCUGCAUAGCGGGGCUCCGGGGGCGGAGCUUGGACUUGUGACAUAGGAAAUCUCACUGUAUCUAAACCUGCCUUUUGGGUUUUUCAGAGAUUCACAGCAUUUUGAAGACAGAAAUACUCUUUUUUUUCUCAUGAUAUGUCCUGUAGCAUCAGAAAAAUGAACAUAUGAACAUGUAGACAACAAGAAAAACACAAUUUUUAUCGAAGCGGGUCUUUGAAGAGACUUCAGCCUAGAUCACAUUAACAAUCAGACUCCUCUGUUGCUGCUUAAACCUUUAUUUUGAAGUGAUUUUAAGCCAACGCAGUCAUUCCCACAACAGAGUCAUGUGUGUUUUUAAGGCAGUGUUGUUGUUGUUGGUUUUCUGCUUUGUCUUUUAUAGAUGGUUUCAGAUUUCUCUGGAUCUUUCGAGGAUAUUGUAGUCGAUGAAAUCCUUAACUGAAAUACUGAAGUUGUAGAACUAUUUGCUCACACAGUCUCUAACAGAGUAGUGAACCUUCUCAUAUUUGUACUUCUGUGUAACCUUUAGACACACAAUCCUGUUCCUAAACUAUUACAGAUUUAUAAAAUUAGAUGAUUUUCCUUCAGGAGCUUUUUAAUCAACAUUUCUCGCUAUUGUCUUUGUUCUAUAUUCAGUUUAAUAUAAUCUGUAAAUAAUUUAAAAACUCUGUUAAACUUCUGUUUUUUCAAUGACAUUAACCUCCUUUUCGUGUUUUGUUUUUCUAGUGUACAUGCCGGACGAAGACGGCGCUCUCCAGGAUCCCAUCGCCGAGGAAGACGUGGACAACGACACUCAAACCGAGGAGGAGUGCUCAGAGAAGACCAGCCCUAAAGUGUCUGAGGACAGAGAGCUCGACAACAAGAGCACCAACACUUAUAGCAACCAGAACUCUCCCAUUAGUGUCCUUUCUAAUCAGGAGGCCGAGUUGGAGUCCCGCCUCAGCGACAGCAGCGACAGACUCUCCGACUUCAAAACCUCCUCGCCACCUGAGAGCCAGCGGGAUGAGGAAAGCCGCGGCUCCAAACAUAAAGAGGAGACGGGCGGCAGCUUGGAGAAGAUGAGGGCGGCCUAUGCAAACUUCCUCUCUGAUUCCUACUGGACAGGGAUCGGGAUGGACUUAAAAAUGGGCAAAAACACCAGCAAAGCCAACUGUGACAGCACCAACGGCAGCACCAAGAGCGAGUUCGACUGGCACCAGGACGCUCUCUCCAAGACCUUACAGCAGACGCUCUCCCCGAAACCGGCGUCCAAACCCAACCUCUUCAGCUCUGUCCAUCUGUACAGACAAACCACCAAGCCCUGCGGCUCGGUGUUCACGGGCGCCAGCCGCUUCCGCUGUAAGGACUGUAGCGCCGCUUACGACACUCUGGUGGAGCUGACGGUCCACAUGAACAAGAGCGGACACUACCAGGACAACAACCACAGCAAACAGAGCAACUCCACCGCCUCGUCCUCCAAGUCGAGGAAGAGAAACCUGCAGGAUAUGGAGGGGAAAGAGGACGCGCAGAAAGUUUUGAAGUGCAUGUUCUGCGGCCACUCAUUCGACUCUCUGCAGGAUUUGAGCGUUCAUAUGAUCAAAACUAAACAUUACCAAAAAGUGCCUUUAAAAGAGCCCAUCCCAGUCAUCACGCCCAAGCUGUUGCCUCCAGCGAAGAAACGGGCCUUUGAAACGGUGAGACCCUGCUCCCCCGACUCGACCACCGGCGUAUCCGGCUACACCGAGGCGCAGCGGGCCGCCUCCAUUUCAAACGCUAACAAUAAUCGAUACGGCUAUCAGAACGGAGCGAGUUACACCUGGCAGUUUGAGACGUGCAAGUCUCAGAUUCUCAAAUGCAUGGAGUGCGGGAGCUCCCACGACACCCUUCAGCAGCUCACCACACACAUGAUGGUCACCGGACACUUCAUCAAAGUCACAAACUCGGCCUCUAAAAAGGGUAAACAGUUAGCGCUCGAUCCUCUGGCCAUAGAGAAGAUGCAGGUUUUAGCCGAUCCUGCUGCCAGCGACACAGAAGGAGAGAAAGUCUCCCCCAAAUCCGCGUCCCCGGGGAGCAGCGAGAAGGAUAGCCAGGGGGAAGGCACAUCGGACAAAAUGGAAGAAACUGAAACUAAAGAUGACAAGCAGGAGAGCGAGGAUCAAAAGGCAGCCAAUGGGGCCUUUAAGUACCCUUAUCUCCGUGAGGAGGAUCUUGAACAAGACUCAGGAGGAGGAGGGGACAUCCUUAAAUCUUUAGCCAACACAGUGGCCUCUGCCAUCAAUAAAGCUCAAACAGGGACGCCAAGCUGGAGUGCCUACCCGAGCAUUCACGCCGCCUAUCAGCUCUCUGGCAUCAUCAAAAGCGCCCCUCUCUCCGCGUCUCCCCCCGCUCAGCUAAAGCAGACAUUUAACCACAAGCUGAGACCGAUUGCCCCUAAGGGGAAGUUGUACCCUGGUGCUGUGGGAGUGGAGGCUCCCCAGGGACAGCAUCAAAAUGCGGACAUCAAAAAAGAAAAGGUUGGCAUUAGCGACGGUAAAGAAAGUCAGAAUAUUAAGUUUGAUCUGGCGGAGAACGAUGACAGCGAUUGUCAGGAUGAUUCCUCUUCCUCUUCAAAGCUCGACGCAGACUGUAUGAAUGAAGGGAGCGAGGCGAUCAAAGGGAAGUUGAGCCCAGAUUUCUCUGACAGAGGCAAGACACCGAGUCCCUCUGCCAGCAAUGGACGCGGCGCUACUUCAGAGCCGCUCGGUGACACUGCAGCUCUGCUCAGCAUCAACCCUCUCAGCGCGCUGCAGUCAGUCCUCAACAAUCAUCUGGGCAAAGCAAAUAAGCCCAAUAACUCCAGAGCGGACCAGCUAUCUGCUCACUCCAAGUCUAUUUACCCUGACAUUAAACGCAGCGGCGAGAAACCGGCUCUAAUGCUGGGGAACGCGAUGAGGAACAGGCCCGGAAACGCCUUCCUUUUCUCCAGCGACGACCAACCGAUAGAUCUAACGAAAUCCAAACACAGCAAGGCGACCACCUCGCUCCUGCAGCCGUCGACCCCGAUACCGCAAAAAUACGCCCUGUCUGACAUCGCAGAUAUGGUCAAAGUUCUCCCGAAAGCCACGACGCCAAAACCCUCCCUCCCGUCCAGGAUCCCGACCAUGAAACUGGAAUCUGACGUCAGGCGGUUCGAGGACGUAUCCGCCGAGGUCUACUCAGUCCACAAGCGCAAAGGUCGACAGUCCAACUGGAAUCCUCGCCAUCUCCUCAUCCUGCAGGCCCAGUUCGCCUCCAGCCUCUUCCAGACCUCUGAGGGGAAGUACUUACUCUCGGACCUCGGCCCUCAGGAACGGAUGCACAUCUCCAAGUUCACAGGACUCUCCAUGACCACCAUAAGCCAUUGGUUAGCCAACGUAAAGUACCAGCUGCGGAAAACCGGAGGGACCAAAUUCCUGAAGAACAUGGACACGGGCCACCCGGUCUUCUACUGCAAUGACUGCGCUUCCCAGUUUAGGUCCCCCGCCGCAUUCAUUUCCCAUCUGGAAUCCCAUCUCGGGUUCCAAAUUAAAGACAUGUGCAAAAUGCCGGUGGAGCACCAGACGAAGGUGGAGGAGCCAGAACUGUCGAAGGCCCUCAGUGUCAGAGCCACGGAGGGUCUAGUCGCGGAGGAGGACAUUGACUCAAAGUUCAAAUGUAAGCUCUGCUGUCGGACAUUUGCGAGCAAUCACGCGGUCAAACUCCAUUUGAGUAAAACUCACAGCAAAUCCCCCGACAACCAUUCACAGUACGUGGAAAUGGACAAAGACUAGUUUUCAUAUUAUUGUCACUUUUCUCCUUUUUUUAUGAUUUCAACACACGGGUCCGAGAUUUCAGCCAUUUUUUCAAUUAGCAUUGUGUCGUGUGCAUCAUUUUUCCGACAUUUCAUGGAGUUCAGCGAAGACACACUGGUUAGAAAAGCUGUAUAAGGAAACACUAAGAGAUACUUUUGCACCCUGCUCAAAUGCAUCACCAGUAAUGAAAUGUAUUACUGCUUGAAGAAACAUAAAAUGCUGAUGUUUGCAUGCAAUAGCCCUGGCUAUGACUACUAUUUAUUUGUAUGAUAUGUCAAGUUUCAAUUGUAUUUCAAAGACAAAAUAAUAAACUAAUUGUACUUUACAACCUCUGUGAUACAGUCCACCUGCAGAACCGUGCAGCUGUCCAAACAGGUAGCCCAACACAUGAGAACACACACGCAGACCUGUACAGUGUAUUGCUAUGUAAAGAUGUUUUGUGUUGCAAUGAUAGAAGAAAGAAAAAAAAGCACUUUAAUAAAUGUUUAAUCACCAGUUUAGAGUUGGAUUCUGUACAUGACUCAAAAAAAAAAAAGGAUUAGGAUAUUUCACAUGUAAAUAUAUUUUAGAAGAAAAAAAACAAACAGUGCGUUUCAUGCAACGAGGAAAACAGCAAGACAGACGAUACCUGUGAUACCUGCACCUUUUUUUACUUAUUCAAAUAAAGAGUUAACAUUUGAUAACAGUUUGUAGAUCUUUUAUUUCAUGUUGGAGUGUCUGAUGAAAUGGAUCAACAUCUUAAAGCUCCUGUGAGGAACUUUUGACUCGCCCUCUUGAGUUUUGACCGUCAGAUUUAUCAUUUAUUUUGGAUAUAUUAUGCAGAAAUUAAAAAAAGAUGGCUGUUUCUAACCUGCAAAGCUGACAACUACCCCCUCACACCACUUUCAGACAUCAAAAAUCACAUUUUCAAAAUUAUCAAUCUUAAUUCUAAGGGUUUAAUUUGUUUUUAUAUGUCAUAAAAAGGCAUCAAAACAAAUUUGAGGCUAUUUUAUAAAGUUAAAAAAAAUCCUCACAGGAGCUUUAAGAUUUUAAAUCAAAUGCUCAUAUUAUAGCCCAACCCUAGAGAAGCUGGUUUGGCUGCUUAGUUGAACAGAAACUCCAUUUUUUUGUGUUAUUGACAGUUUGGGGUGGGCGGGGCUUAUGAUCUGCACUUAAACAUUAAUUAGCACUAGCUAGGAAGGAUUUACUGUUCAGGACUGAAAGUUUCACUUGUAUGAAGAGUGUUUUUGUCUUAUCAUGUCUUUGUUUUGGUUGACAGGCGUUGUGGUUGAUAUAUCGUUGAAUAUUAGCUUCAAUCUAUGACAAUUAGUUCCUGUAUUCUGGCACCCAACAACACAGAGGAGGACAGUUAAGAUUCCUGAUGCCUGCAACCUUGUGGAAGUGGCAGCCUCUGAUUGGUUAGAAAAGCUGGAAACGUCAUCACACGCUCGAGCCAAACACAGGCUGUCGGCUGUGUACAUCGAACAGAACAUUACAGAACAUUAUCGCACUUCUGAAUCUCCUAACACUAACCCGACAGACGAUGAUCUUUCACAGCCAUUAGAAAUAACCAAUCAGAGCCCAACACUUGUAGCCAAUCAGAGGCGAAGGAGAGUGGGACCUUCUCCUACCAUCCUAGGGGUUUUGCAUUGAAGUUUCGAUUUUGCCUUGCUGACUAACUGAGUUAAAAGUGCAUAAAAAACAUUCAACCCAACCUGAAAAACUCUUAAAUUUACUACACGUGACUCCUUGACUUCUCCCCGCAUAGUCGUGUCCUUUUUUUGGAGAUUCAGAAUAUGGUCAUCCUACUUUUACUCAAGUUUAGCUUCAUUUCAUGGUCCCUAAAAGGGUCUAUAGUCCUUAAAAUAAGAGGCCCCGGUUUGACUUCAACUUGUGGUCCUUUACUGACAGAAUCAACACCAAAAACAGACAGAAUUAAGGUCUGUUAAUUCAUCUAGUUUGUGAGAAUUAUCUCUUGACGAGCUUUUUUUUUUUUAUUAGGAAAAUUUACAGAAGUCACCCACGCAAAAACUCUGCCAUUAUUUACCCAAAACGCUUUAUUUAGGUCAGUGACAAACUCAGCUAAAUUGUGCAUUCACCUCAGGUAAAUGCACAAUUAAAAUAACAGAUUAUUGUGGUUUAAUUGUAGCAUCAGAAAUGAAUGUUUCCAGUCAGCUGAUCUGAGCUAACGGUGUCCCUCUUUGGUUUUCCACCCGUCCUCUACCUCUGAGUACACAGGUUGAGCAUCCUCCCUCCGUACAGUACACUGCAUCCUCUCUUUUUACCUUAUGACUCUUAGAUACACCUCACAGAUACAUCUUCUUGUCAGACUUUAUUGCUUUCCUGUGAGCGCGGCUGCUGUUGCUGCAAGAUGGUAUCAUAACAAUUAAACAUAUUUCCUCCAGCUCUAUUAUUUCAAGGCUAUUAAAAAUAAUUGCCUCCUAAAUUCAUAAACAUUUUAUGCAAUUCAUCUCUUUUCAAGCAAUCAAGUCCUCAAUUACCUCCACCCAUCAAAUCCCUUUUUUAUAACGGCCGACUGACAUUUGAUGGUAAAUGGGAAAAAGCACAUGGGCACUGUGGUGAUUUGAAUGCUGUGACACCAACUUGCCCCCUAUUGUUGGAAAUGAGCAGGCAAUCACGUUGUUCAUCAGAUGACUCCUAAUGCAGUUAAAGUAUUCAGCUAUAAUUUCUCCCUGCAUUUAUAAUUACUGUCAAAGACCACACACCUCAGUGAGCAGAUUAAAGCUAUAAAUUAUUUAGUGCCUUUCUUCGCCGAUGGAUCUCUGAUUUGUCUGUAGGGCCAUUAUGCUUUAGAGGAGCAACUUAUUCUAAAUGGAGGCUGCCAUUGUCCUUAAGAUGCUGCAGAGUGCUUUUAAAAAAGAGCAUUACCGGUCCUGUUACUGAGUGCAGUUUUAAGGGAGACUCUUUGCUUUUAACUUAUGAAAAAAUGGGACCUCGUGUGCAUGCAUUUAUGAUGGAAAUCUGCAUCAAUUAACCUCAUUUCUCUGCUGGUUUUAGACUCGAAGAUCCCAGAUUUGAUUGGCUUUUGAACUGCCCUGCUUUGUGCUUGUGCUUGUAAACAUUAUAUUCUAAUUUCACAAACUGGGAUAAGGCCUUACCGCAGUUUUGAGACACUCCGCUUCUAUCCGGAGAACCAGAGUACUGCGGCAUGUUUAAGCCUUAAACCCCAGAGGUAGGCGGUAAUCUGUUAACAAAGAUGCUAACUCUAAUGCUGCAUUCCAGUUACCUUGGAUGUCGGAGCUGGGAAUGACGUUACACCUGAGUUGACGGCAUUCCAAUUAACAAGUCAGAAAACCAAAAUGGACGCCUACAGUUACCCGUUGUUAGCUGUUGAUUACAAUAGUCCGCUGUCGUUUGCCAUUGCCAGUUGUUGUUAGUGUUUGUCAGUUAUUGUUAGUUGUUGUCAUCUGUUGUUAGUUGUUGUUAGCUAUGCCAGUUGUAAACAAUGCGUAACACGUAUUUUACUCUUACAAACACCAUAACACUGUGUUCACAAUUAGACGUAGGACAAUGAGCACUUAUUUAAUUUCACGAAAACAAAACAGAAGUGCUGAUAAAUAAAACAUUACGAGAGCUCUUACUGUUAGUCUUUACUGUUGAUGCACUGCGCUGCCAUCUUGAAACAUUACGUCAUAAAGUCAAUGUUGGUGAGGAUCGUCCAACUUUCCGAGUCGUAAAUCUGACUAUCACAGCAUAAGAUCAGCUGAUUAGAAGAUUAGAAGAAGUAGCAGCAGCGCUCCGACAAGCCAAAAGGAUUUUAAAUGCGCCUUAUAGUGCGAAAAAUACAGUACUUUUUUACUUUUAAUUUCGGUAUCUGUAAAUUUUUUCUGUUUAUCGCCCAGCCCUGAACAGCAUACCGUCAUUGUUGCACCAACUCUUUCGCUACCGGUUCAUGUGCUUAGAAGUUCCCUUCAAUGUGAUAUACAACACGGGAAAGGAGACAAAUGUUCUCAGAUUCAAACUGUCGAAAAAAAGCUGUCAGGCGUUUAAAUAUGUGCGACCUCAGUCAAGCGAUCAAUCAGGAAAACAAACAUGGCGUUGGCGAAGAUGAUGUCUUUCAUCUGGAUCGAUGAGGAGUCUGAGUUUCGUCUUUUAGUUGAUAUAUUUGCAACUCCCAGAGCCUUAUUUAGAGAUAUCCGCCAUGAUGGCCAGCGUUGUCAAGAGCGCUACAUACUGGUGCAGUGGCGCGUCUGCGUCACUUUGCAGUACUCUUCCCAAACACUAGUUGGCGAUGAGACGUUCUCUGCUUGUUUUUGCACAGGAAGCCACUGUGACCCUUGAGAACAGGGCUCGCAGUCUAUGUUGUUUUAACGUGUAGUUAUAUAUUAAAGGUGGUAAAUGUCUGACUAGGUAUGUAGGCUUCUGCAUAAGUUAUAUGGACUUCAAAACAGGAUUAUAAAUCUGGUUUAAACCUGUACGGUCUCACUUUUAUCAGAUUAUAAAGAUCGAGCAUAAACAUCAGAGACACCUGUGCAAAUAAGGCGCACAAAUCAGAAACAAGGAGUCUUAAUCAUGAGUACAGGGAUCUGUUUGUGUGCAGUAAUCCAGUAUAUAAUCAGAACCAGGAUGUGGCUCACAACCAGGAUCCUUGUGUCUAUAGAGCGCGCUCAGUAUUCUGCGUCUGAUGUUGUGGAGUUCAUCCAGAGCUAACCAAAGAAAAAUGCUCUCAUCAGUGCAAUCACAGACGGAAAUUAGAUGUCUUUGACCAUAAUUUGUUGGAAUAAAUCAAAGUCAGCGUGAGAUUUAUUGUUAGUAAACAAAACCGCCAUAUAGCCGUAAAUUCAAGGCGAACUUUGUACGAUUCUUAUGCAAUCAGGGGAUGAAUUAAAGGUGCUGAAUCAGGAAGUCAAAACACAAACGCGACACUCUUGGAUAAGAAUACCUGAGUUAUGAUUAAAUACUGAUAAUACUUGAGGUAACACAGCGCAGGUGAUGAAGUAAAAUAAACCGCUAAUUCUCUCUGAAGCUCGGUAUUAAUUCAUUUUGGAUGUUUGCAUAUUAACACAGUUAAUCACUGCGAAUAUCCAACAUGCCACGGCUAAUUAUAGAACACAGAUUUCUGCAAUUACACACAUGCAUGCGUAGACACACACAGAGAGGGAGAGAGGCGGACGCACGAGCUUGAUUUUAAACUCAUAUAAAUAAACAGUUAAAGGAAAGGGGUGGAUGUAUUUAAAGAUAACCUGAGAUGAUUUGUUUAAUUAUGACCUUCCAAAGCCUUCGUGUUUAUUAUUGACUCUUUCUUCUAUUAGUAUCAUGAUCUGGACUAAAGUCUGGCUCUGAAACGUCUCUCUGUCUGACUCAAAACAUCACAAGUGCCGCAUCUUCCCCAGCGUUGACUCGCUCUCUAAAACAGAUCUAAUAGCUUAGUUGAAAAAUCAAAUUAUGCACAUAAGUACACAUGCAUUGCAGCCGCAGUAAAACCCGACCUUAGCAGAAUUGACGCCAGCUCGCGUUUGCAAAUCCUUUGUCAAUCUGUCAUUAAACAUGCUAUCAAAUAAUGAUAAGUGUACGCCGCUUGCUCGCACUCGCGUGCGUCUGGCUGACGCUGAUGUGCCGUAAUAGGGCAAAUGUGCAUCAGAAUUUGCCUGCUUGGAUACACACAAAACAUUUACACUGGGCCCUGACUUUGCUUCGCCCCUGCGCCAGACGAGCACGGAUUCUCUGCAUCAUCUGGCCUGUAAACCAGAAGAGGAAGAGGAGGAGGAGGAGGAGGAGGAGGGGAAGCAGGGUUCAAAAUGUUCAUCACACAGCAGCAGGGUAAUGACUAGCUCAUGUGUUUAAUGAAGGGCUUUAGAACUUAUAGCUAUAAUGACCCACAUCCUAACUCCCUUUUCUCCCAUUUAUCCUCCCCAAAGUCCUCAGGUUAUUACGUCCCUGUGAGAAAUCUCCCAGAAAAGAGCUUCACGUCUUUUUCACACAGGCAUCAGGACUGCAUGGCGUAUGCGUGAGUCUGUGUGUCUCACCUGCAGUCUUCUGGUGCAGAUUUACCGCUCAAAAAAGAUGUGCAAAAGCAAAUACUUGUAACACGUAAGACAUGAAAAAUGAUGCACCUAAACGCAGCUGUAACAUAUUCUUUCUAAUGAAUUCUGCCCCCUGAGAAUCUGAGCUCUACAAGACAAAGAGGAAUGCAUGUAUGUCUGCUCCCCUACAUACAUCAUAUCUUCCAAAUAGCCCAUAGUCCUCCGCUGUUAAUGGUGUUGCUUCAAAUAUGCUAAUUAAGCAAAAAUAAGUGAUGAAUGGAAUACAUUUGAUCAAUCAAGUAGGCCUAAGCCCCUGGUGCUGCAUAUUCAUUGUACAUCAUGAAUAUGAAACCAAAGCCAUUUAUCAAAUAUCAGUUGCACAUUUGUAUCUUAUUAAUCAUACAUGCUGAAACUUCUGUCUUGUCAAAAAAGCUGAAGGUUGAUGAAGCACUUGCAGAAAGGAUUAAACUCGGGGAACUCGGGGUAGUGCUUCACUUAUAAUGCAUGAGGCGUUUUCAAACUUUCAGAAUCUCAAACAGUCUGCUCCGUCUGAUAACGUCAACAUGAUCCAACCCCUUUUAGAUUUGGCUUUUUAAUAUUUCCUCCACUUUUUUUUAUUAAUUACAGAUACUCACAACAACCUCGCUCCAGAACAGAGUAUUGAUUAAUUUUGUACCUUACCGGUGAGACGAGCUUUGACUAAACACUGAAAUAGAGGCAGUCAAAUUCACAGGAACCAAUAGAAGUGGGACUAAAGUUAAGCAUGCAUCGCCUCUUUAGUUCAUGAAUGUAAAUGAGUCUGAGGCUUUUAUUAACACUCACUUAAAACUGGUGAAAACCUCCUGAAAUUUUCCAGAUUUUUGCACCUUUUUUUUUUACCAACUCGGCAAAAUUGAACAUUUUAAAGCUCCUGUGAGGAAUUUUUUGACACCUAUGGAUUAAACUAAAAUUCAUAUUGACACUUUUUUUGAUGUACAAAAGCAAAUAAGAGCAUCAGUGUAAAGACUGACGACAUUCAUACUGUGAUUUUUAAUGUCUGAAGUUGGUGUGAGGGGGGUAGGCGUCAGUUAAGCCACCAAAGAUGCUCUGUUUUUACAAUUCACACAUAAAAUAUUCACAAAAAUGAUGUGUUUGACUGUCAUAAGAGAUAUUUUUCCAAAAGAUACUACUUCAGCAAGUUUAGCCUGCAGGGGGCGCCAAAAACGUAAAACAAAAAUCCCUCACAGGAGCUUUAAGAAAACGCACCACUUGUAAAAACAGCCCUAGAAAUGCAACACAUUAUCCUCUUGAAAUACAAAAAUGAAGAAAAAUGGCCCUAGCAUAAAAAAGCACUAAAAUUAAAAGGGCAUUAAAAUGAUCAAAGAUCAAUAAAGCACCAAUAAAAUAAUUGAUUUACUUUGCUGGUUAAAUACACAAGCUGAAAUAUGUUAAGGUUAUAUGUCGUCAUAAUCUGCUCUGCGUCUUACAUAAACUAGCUAAAUUUCUUACGCGUUGUAAACAAUAAGUGCAGGUUUAAAUGUUAAAAUAGCAUUAUAGUUUGAAUUAAUGUUAAAGUUGGUCUUACGUUUGUUGUGUCUAAAGUUGAAAACAAGCUAAUUUUAGUUGGAAUGUAUGACAAUAAUCGAUCAAAACAUCCCCACCUGACCUGUAACAAGAUAAUGCAAGUUAAAGCUCCUGUGAGGAGUUUUGACCUGGUUUUAAAACAUACUAAAAUUAACAGUUAUCCCUCUUUAUGACCUCUAAAAGUAAAGGAGAUUAUCAGAAAUAGGACUGACUAUUUCUUUUUAAUUUUUUGUCCACAGGAGGCGCCAAAAACAACACAGACCAAAAGUUCCUCACAGGAGCUUUAAGUUUUUAUUUGAGUUUUAUUCACCUUUAAAAUAAAAACAGUUUUUAAAUUAUAAUUCUCAGUAAGACUAAUUUCAAAGCGGUGUAAUAGUGCUUUAGGUUAGACUGAAAAAAACAUAAGAUGAAUAAUAGAUUGAUGACAACAUGAGGAAUAAAUCCAAUUUGCUUAUUUUCAUAUCUGAUUUAUGUUUUAUGACGUCUAAAAAGUGAUGCCAAGCCUCUGUGUGUAACAAUGUGUGCAGCUUUUCAUUGCCAUCAUAUAGUGGAUGGGGGAACUAACACUUGAUUGCCAGCAGUUCAUCAGUGCAUCCUUCAUAUUUGUCACCCAGCCUGCCUCAGGGCAGCGUGCUAGCUCAAAUUGAAGCUGACAUCCUCCAAAUAUGAAAGCAACAAAUCACACAUUUUUAUUGGGCUUAAUCUCCAGCCGAGCCCCCUGCAGACGUCAGCACAAUCACGGACGCCUGCUCUGAUUCCUGCACACUAGAUUCCUCCGAAGCUUCUCCGGACUCACAGAGCGAAUGCAAACGGCGGAGAGACGAGGGCGACACCUGAGUUUAUUAGGAGGCUUUAAUGCAGGAGUAAGAACAUGUGCAAGUCAUUUAACAGGACUGUGCUGUGAAUAAUCCGUGGAUGAGCUGUAAAUCAAGAUGAUAUCUGCAAACAUAUUGGGCAGAUGAGAAGCAGAUGUCUGUUAGACUCACUGGAUAAAUCAAGUUUCGGUCGUCUAUUCGCAUUCUGUGUUUAAUGAUUUGCAACUUUUGGUUUUGGACUUAAAUCAGAGUUUUAUAAAAGUUAUGUUUUGAAAAUAAGGAAAAUAGACGAGAGCCAAAACCUUUAGAUUUUAUAUUUAUUCAACCAAAAAAAUAAAAAUAAAAAAAACAGAAUUUUCUAGCGCUUCUUUAUAGGGCUGGUCGAUAAACCGAAAUAUUUACCGAUACAGAAAUUUAUAACAAUAACUGACAUCAUUUUGCCCAUAUCGGUUUAUUCUGUGUCAAAAAAUUAAAUAAAUCAAAGUUUUUUUUUGGAUAUGUGUAGGUAGGCUAUGGUCUCAUGUCCCUUUGAGACGCUGUCCUACAUCAGAGACGUGACUCCACCCCAUCCAGUCCGUAACAAAGAGGGAAAGACAGGUGAGGAGAUGGAGGACGGUUCAAAAGUUGGAGCGUCUGAAGUAGACAAAGUUAAUGUGGGAGGGGGUGAGCAGCUUGUGGAGUAGUUAUCGUCCAUUUAUCAUUAUCGAGGUGAACUGAUCAAUAUAUAUUUGAGGCCACAUCGCCCAGCCCUACUUCUUUACCUGAGUGUAGCUCUAUAGUGGAGGACUUGGAGGACAGCAGAUCAAACUGAGGAAAUCCAGUCAGGCUGUCAUGGUUGAAGUCUCCUCGGGAUGUUGAGUUCGUAUCCUAGCAACAGUAUAAUGGAAAACGUCACAUGGAACUUCAGCUGUUGCCUCAAUUGUGAUGUGUACAAGUAAGGGAGUCAGCAGUGGUUGAGGACGAACAAACUCAGAAACAGAAACUAGUGAAAUAAAAAAAUAAAACGGAGCUGAGAGAGAGACAUCCACCAAAAUUGAAGAAAACGGACACAGAGAUGCAACAAACAGCAACAUUAUGGUGACCAAACGUCCUCUUUUGCCCCAACAUGUCCUCUUUUCCUUCAAAUGUUGACGGUUUUGUAUGCAAGUUUUCGUUGUUAGAAGCGCGUAAGACACUCCAGCCGAACCGAAAAACGCUUAAAAUUAACUUUGUGCAACACCGUGACUCCGCCCCCGCGUAUCCGUGUCCUCUUUUUGGGAAGUCAGAAUAUGGUCACCCUACGCAACAUGCUCUAAGUUUUGUUAGUGUUAAAGUUGAGAUUUAGUGAGAAUAAAAUCUGGAUUCAGGUGCUGCUGUUAUCUUAUGGAUACGUCAAGGAUGCCAAUGAAAAGCAGAACAACAAAAAUGAAAGUCUUUGUGUUUUUGUCUCGUCACCUCUGGCCACCCUCUGACUCCGCCACUGAAGAAAGUAGUGACCGGCUGCAGGUGGUCCACAAGUGUGUCAGUGAUCCUCAAGGCUUAAUCUCACACUGUGGACUGUGUGAACAACAGAGACACACACAAACCCUAUCAGGACCCAGAGAGCAAACCGAACCCCAGUCACUUCUCCUCAGACUUUGUCCAACAGAAACACGACUUUUUAAAGCCGCAGAGCGCCAGUGUGUGUGAGACAAGAGGGCUUUAAACGUUACUUCAAAGAUAAACUGAGCUGAGAGAAACAAGAUAGCAGCCGACUGCCGUUUUCUGCGAGAACCAGUGAGACUCAGUUUUGGUUCAACUUCAGGAGAUAAGUGGUUUGACCUUUGACAGGAUGGUGAUGAUCCUCCACAGUUUGGUCACUUUUAGACUUCCUUUUAUUAUCGCGCACAAUUAAUCAAUCAAUCGCUAACGUGAGAUCAUCGACGUCAGCAGCUUUAAUCUGGGAAAUUUCCAAAAUCAGGCGAAAUUAGAAAAGACUUCUGGUGUUUUCUCUGAAGCUCCUGAUGCAGUGUCUGUUUCGAAUGAAAUUGAUCUGCCUAUUAGAGGAACGCUAAAGUAUUAACUGACUUGUUGGAUUCUGCAGAAAUUUGUGAAAAUGAUUAAAGUCACAGCUGUGUUUUCAGAUUUCCAGAAUCACACAGACGAGCCCAAAGUGGAGCUGUGCAACAUCUGUUUGCUCAUUUAUGUGUCAAACACAAAACAUCAGACAUGACUGAUUCCACUUUGACAAAACUUGGAAAAUGAUGCAUCUCCCCACUGCUGUCUGGCAUUUAGAAUUACACUGAUUGGUCCGAGGGGAAAUUACAUUUCAAAAUAAAGUGACACAUUUGUUGCUGAUUGGCCCAGAUGGGGACAUUUUGGGGACAAGAUGAUUACUAUCACUUUGUUUCACUAGUAUAAAUUUUCACAGGGUGCAUUUUUCUUGCACAUAAUGGAAGUUUUGAGUGAUUAAAUUUCACGGACUUUCAGCUGCAAACAUUUUAAUACUCCUCUUUAACAUUGUGGACCAGUGAGGUACAGGAAUUAUAAAACCCGCGGAAAGAGCCUGGAAAGAAUUUGACUGUCAGCAACUGUGCAAGGUCGUCCUCGUUGUAAACUAACAACCGGAAUUGGAUGGGAUUGGAUUUGGACCCCUCAGAUACCGUCAGGAGAAUUCAGGGUUUGUUGGCUCUGCUGCAGCCAGCAGUCAACAAGGGCACAUGAGCGCUUUUCUUUUUACCACUGUAUAAAUUUGUAGGCCUGCUGAAGCAUUUUCCGUCUUUCCUCUGCACUCCUCACACCUCCCUAUUAUUAGAUCACUUCCUGACUCGCAGGCGUGUCGGCCCCAAAGCCAAAAAUCACUUAUUCCUCACUUGUACUGCGCGAGAAUGUAAUUACAGCUGCCGCUAUCGCAUAACAAGCAAUGACCUUUUUGAUUGACAAGUAUUUUUACAAUCUGCUGCUUUGUUCAAAUACUGCAGCAAAUAAAGCUCGACCUAAUUUGGGUCCUAACACGAACCAGAUGCAGCUACAGUAGCAGUAAAACACCGAAUGUGUAACAUGUGACAUAACACCUGACAGAGCGGUAUUAUUUUUACAACUGAAUGUUCUCAUUUUCCCUUGUCUAUCAGUCAGCGUGAGUGGAUGCUGGCCAGGAGGGGGAUGGGUUGAUGGAUGGAUGGAAAGAUGGAGGGGGGUGAGUACCCAGCUCUCCACCUCUUGCCCUCCUCUUGCUGUCAUCUGUUGCCCCACAGCAGGCCAGAGGUUGUUGGCGUUUUGCUCACUUGUAAUCCGUCUCUCUGUCUGGCUGCCGGCUCUCGGGUCACCUGUCACUCACUUUGACAUGAAUCAGCAUUGACGCCAGCAGAUUUAAGCUAUUUCUCCCAGCCUGUAAACACAGCCUGUGUGUCCACGGGCCUUCAGCGAAAUAAAACAACAACCUAAAAAAUCCCCACCCAAAUAAAAAAAAAAAAAACCUCCUGAGUGUUGUCUAAUGACCCAGAAGUGCCUGAAUAUGGUUAGACAUGUUGCGUUUUUUAGCGAGAUAACUCAAUUAAAUGUGGGAUCAGGUUGUGUUAAUGUGACGUGACAUGCUGCAGAAACUCACUUUUCCAGCCUCACAUGAGGACACAGAUUCAGACUGAGAAAGCACAGAGGUUUGGAGGAGUGUAACACAUGUAAUGACGACAGAGAGAUUUCAAAUUAAGUCCAGGCGCUAUCAGAAAGUUAAAAUCUUGUUCCUGAGUCCGGUUUGAAACAUAUCUUUUAGAUACAGUCAUUUUUAGCCUGUUUUGGUACACAAACUUUUAACUUUCAUGUUACUUAUAUAAAAGGUGUGUAUAUUCUUAGGUCAUGGACAUGAAAUCAAAGGUGCCCUGAGGAAUUUUCCCAAAAACAAACAAGCCAUGUUAACAUCAAAUACAUGUGUGUUUCAAGCCUGACUAAAUGUUUACGGUAUUCCCUCCUGAAUAGAAAAACAUCAAAGAAAACUGUUAAUAUUUGAUAUUUUGUAUAGCUUAUAUCACUCCACAGAGCUUCAAAUGGUUAAAGCAUGAGUGCAACCAUAAAAAAAAAUCCAGUUAAAUCUGGGUGAAAGUAUGGAGUGUUUUAGAGAGCUUUAAAAUAACUGAAACAAACAAGAAAAACUAAUUGUGCUGGGUGCAAAAAGGCUCAUUAAGGGCCUGUGUCCACGAAUGCUUUUGUUAGGGGCCUGUGUCCACUUAUACUUUGUUAAGGGCCUGUGUCCACUUAUACUUUGUUAGGGGCCUGUGUCCUCUUAUACUUUGUUAAGGGCCUGUGUCCACUUAUACUUUGUUAGGGGCCUGUGUCCACUUAUACUUUGUUAAGGGCCUGUGUCCACUUGUACUGUAAGGGCUUGUGUACACUUAUACUUUAAGGGCCUGUGUCCACUUGUGUGCUGUUAAGGCCCUUUGUCCUUCUAUACCUUGUUAAGGGCCUGUGUCCACUUAUACUUCGUUAAGGGCCUGUGUUCACUCUCAUUUUGUUAAGGGCCUGUGUUCAUUUAUACCAUGUUAAGGGCCUAUAAUAAAGCCUGUGUCCAUCUGUGCUUUGUUCAUGGCCUAUGUCCACUUACGCUUUGUUUAGGGCCUAUGUCCACUUAUGCUUUGUUAAACACCUGUGUUCAUGUAUGCUUUGUUAAGGGCCUGUGUUCAUUUCCACUGUGUUAAAGGCCUGUGUCCUCUUAUACUUUGUUAAGGGCCUGUGUCCACUUAUACUAUGUAAAGGGCCUAUACUAUAGCCUGUGUCCACUUAUGCAUUGUUAAGGGCCUGUGUUCAUUUAUGUUUUGUUAAGGGCCUAUGUCCACUAAUUGCUUUUUUUUUUACUUCUUGCAGCACCUACUUUAGCACUCAUCAUCGUAAGUUCACAAAGAUCAGCACUUUUAGCUGGAAACAAAGCCUGAAGUCUCACUCUAACCCGUCACUUGAACAAAUCGCCAUUUUCAAGAAAAUACUCAAACAUCUAGAUUUAAACUAUGACCCUCCUCCAGCCUUGUGUGCGAACUAAUACCAUGAGAUAGUAACAGUGAACAGAUUUAUUAAGAGAAAUGUGUCCAAGUGUGAUAGCAGCAGCGGUAUCAGCUCUGAUAUCAGAUAAAAAUGAAAUAAAGGCGGCGAAACGGGACGUCUGCACAGGAAAUACCGCAUGUAUGAUGGCUGAAAUUAUCAUGCAAAAUAUGAAAACAGUCUGUAUUGAUCGUCCCAGAUUGAUGCAAUGAUGCAAAUGUAAGCAAGAGUGUUGGUAUGAGCCGCAGAGACAGUUGUCAGUGGUCAGAUUCAGACGUGGACAUGUGCAGUCUUAAAAAGCCAGCCAGUGUGCAGACAGGGAAAUCAAUACAGCAUUUUGUUAUCUAUCUCUAUCUUACAACUUAAAAGAGAAGGAUUAUAUGUCAUAGAGUGAGCUCAGGCAGACUUAGGCAGAGAUCUAUCAUUGUAGAGAGUCACAGGCCUUUUCCUGUGUAAAUCAUGUGUCACAUGGGCUGCAGGUUCAUUCUCCGGCCAUGGAAUACAUUUAGGCCUUGGACAUACUCUUCCAUUUUUCACUCUUGAUGGAGUGCUUCCCUGCAGUGCUGGACCUGUAAGUAGAUUAUUUUCUAACAUGACGCCUUCAUUGUUCGUUUUGUUAUUGCCUCGCGUAUCGGAUCAAACGCGAAGAGAAGAAAAACACUUUCAAGAGCUCAAAAAAAAGUGAUUGAUAUAUUUUAAUUACUCCACUUCUCUUAGGAGUGCGACUGUCAAAGCUGCUGAGGUUUUAAUGUGACAAACGCUCGACGGCGAAACAAGAGAGGCGAACGACACACCUGUGGCAAAGUUGUGAAGGUAUGCCGAAUUCCUCCCACCUGAGCAGUCAGUCCCGCACGUGUCAGCGCAGCCACGGGACGGGAGACAGUGAAUGAUCCGGCUUCAGGACCCUCAUCCUUGUGUUUAUUUCUGAACCAUCUCUCAUGUGGAACGUAGUGCUGACCGAGCGAGGUGGAUAAAGUGAAAAGUAGCCACAGGAAAUAUGAACUGUCACGCCCUGUGAUACAUCCUCUCAGGCAGAGACGGAGGGCUCUGCAGGAGAUGCUGUAUGGGUUCCAGUCCUUAAAACAAAAGGAAAUCCAGUUAUUAAAAUGUAAGAUACAAGCGGUGAUUGAUUUCCCAUUAAUGGCGGCUAUACAGCAAACCAUAAAGACAUAAAGAAAUUGAUCCCCAGCUCCAGUCU